AUGGCGGACACCGCCAAUGUCCCCAAAGUAAAGGAAAAACAAAUUAUCUCUCUGGCAUUGCGGGAAGAAGCGCGCCAACGGGAGGCCGCAAUAGCGAACCCCUUCUUGCCGGCCUAUGUUUCACCAACGGUAGACACCACGCAGACUGAAACACAUGGCAUGCGGAACGACCCUCCCCUACUGCCGAUUCCAAUUCUGGCAAACGAGGGUGAUGUGAAGGCGAAAUUUAGAAACCUGCGGGAGCAUUUAAAGACCAUGCCCUUCUUUAUAAUUGACCCAAAGGGUAGGUAAAGCGAUCGGGGAGAUAAUUCGUUUUCUGGUGUUUCCACCCGGAAGUUCUGAUUCUUUGUAGGACGUUGGUUUAUGCAAAGCAGAUUAAAGGAUAGAAUUUGUCAUCGUACGCACAGUUAAAUUUUUAAUGCUAUCCAUUAUAUUACAUGUCCUAUAUAACAGAAAUAUUUACACAUUUACGUAGUGACUUUCGCUAGUACACUUGCUGCUCCAUGCUUUUCAAACUCACUAGCCUGCUUUUAAAGUGUUUAUUACAAUAUGCUUGUGGCCAGCUCCACAAGAGAACGCAAACAGGUCACCCGAAGAAGGUAGAAUAUCGAGUGUAAUCCUAGGAUUUAUAUACGUGAGCGUCCGAGGAAGUUUGCGAAUUCAUAAUUCUGACUUGUGUUCUAUGGUGACAACGGCGAUUAUGGUGUUGGUGAGAGGAUAAAGGGGAUAAUAAUAAUAAUGGUCGCGGGUGUCGUGGUUGUCUUUGGAAAGAAUAUAGAUCGAUCAGGUAUGCACGUUAGAAUGCGGAGAGGUUAUCAGUUAUUGAUUUCUUGACUUCAGCAUUUGCAAAAUCCGUAUCGCCAUGGGUGUACUCCAUUACGUACAGUCGUUUGUGUAUUCAUCAGUCUAUUGAUUUCGAUGCUGUCUCGUGGAAGCCCGUUCGUCAUAUCUUAUCUCGGAGGGGACAAGAAGCAGGGUAUACAGAACAUAACCUUGCUGAGCUUCAAGUAAUUCCAUAGAAAGAAUGUACGGAUGACCAAGACUGGACUAGGAAUCAUGUCGCACAUUAUGCUAUGCUACUUUUGUUUUGGGGCAAUUUUACCUAUCGUCACUGGCUGAAUAACACUGGCGAGUAGGUGAAGAGCAUAGCUAAUGCUAGUAGCUAUUCGGCCACUAGCCUUGUAGAUUCAGGUCUGGGAUGUGUUUUGCGCUAAAAGGACUCUUUAGCAAGCUAAGUAAUAUAAUGCGAACGCCAGCAAAAAGAUCACGCGGCUGACGCGCAUUCUGAAGUGUCUCGCAGCCAGAAAAUUAACAGCAAAACCUAGACUACCAGGCGACAUGCAUCUGCCGACCACUCAAGUUUAAUUAUUUUUUGAAGGUUAUAAAUUGAUAUGAUCAUGGAUAAUAUAAAAAACCUUAAGAAAAUUUUCAGUGGUAUAAAAAGGCUUAGGUGCACCGUUUUAUUUCUGUGGAUGAGUCGACUCCAUAUUACGUAAAAUUCUGUUUUGUUUGUCUGAAUUAUUCCCUUCAUGGUUGUCUACAGCCAUUGCUUCAUCCGUGAUGUAUUCUAUGCUAUUGAAAUACUCUUGCCUUCAUCUUUCUAUGCCCUUUACUUGGCCAACCUGCUUUCUGGGUUUACAGUCGAUUUCAAUUUGAGAAACAAAUUUUCAUAUACAUGAAUUCUCACCCACCGAGGGAGAGGAUAUUUUGCCAUUAAAUCUACUUUCUUUGUUGAAAGUUUGACAAGUUCGUUUGCUUAUUUCGAUAUUUCAGCCUUAGAUCAGAGACUUUAAUCCAACAGUUAACACCGAAUAAAAGUCAAUAUGUAUCUUAGUCCCUUAAGAACAGAUUACAAGUAAACUAUGAAGGCAUCGAACUGUAAACUUGCCUCCUUUGUUAGCGUAAAAUUGAAAGGUUUUGGCGGUACAUAUUUUACGCAAAACAGGUCCAUUGUUAAUAACCGCCGGUCACUUCUCUUCAUUGCUGAGUGUCAAGAAGUCAUAAAAAAUUUUGAAAUUGACCCACAUGUAAGGCAUUUGUGUCACCGGUCAUCGUUAAGGAAAAUUUCAUGGCCAAUCACAACUCAUUCUGAUUACCUUGGGGCACCACUCUGGCAGUAACGACAGUCCACUGAGUAGCAUCUGGGGUAAAGGAGGAGCAUGCGAUUUACGCAAACUUGUAAGCGUCAGGAAUAUUUGUGACCUAAGGUCAAUAAACCGUGAAAGCCAGUACUUAUUAAUCUUGUGGUGAAAUAGGGCCAAUACUGGGGCAGUUGCGAGACCUCACUGGCAGUGAGCAGUCAAACCUAGCUAAAAUCCGCAGACAGACCUCCUAACCAAAUGUUCCCCUUACUCUGAAUAACUCAGUCUCUACUUAAGACCGACAAAUGUUUACUACAACAAAAUAUGGUUGAAAGAGAAAACGAGGAUGUCGACAACUGCUAUGGUACGAGGUUGACUAAAUUUCCGAUUUACCCCUAAAAGGAAGGAGUGAAAAAUCUACCUAUGUUGAUGAGGAAAUAUGGAAUCUGGACAGCGCUGGGAUUAAAUAUUGGCUGUAAAAAGCUAGAAAGACAUGAUGCAAUUGUGUCAUAUGCAGUAUGACCAAAUUUCGCCCAAUGACUUUCCCUUUUGCUAGUCGUAUUCUAUUCCCUGUACGUAGUAUUUGACAUUUCGGUAUACUUCUUCUUCUCUAUUCCUGUUAUAUACGUCACUGAGUCUCCUCUUAAUACCGCUGAGAAAUGUACGGUUUUCCGUGCGCGGAAAAUAUAUAACUUGUCGUUUGGAAAGCCUAAAGGCAAGUGUAACGGCAGGUCGGGUUCGACAUCAUUCGGGAACUGGGAACGUUUUUGAAAACCGAAUUAUAUCCUUCCUUCGAGUAUAGAAUUAGAGAAAGGGGUAAUUUUCUACCGAAUGAGCAAGAGAAUGAAUAUUUUUAUACACGUUUUCCACGAAGUAUAAUUGAAUCUUUAAGGCCAUCGAAAAUUAAUAAUUAAAAUGCAUGCUACGGAUUAUUGUUUUUGCCUGCAGUCGGAAAGAAUUCCGUUCGAAAGCAGGCAUCCUGAGGUAACUGGAAUAUUAUAAAACUAUGCUGCAUGAUGGCGAGUUUUAAACGUUAUUUACUUAAUCCUUUCGAAACGAAACCGCAUUUCAGCAUUCUGGCUAACAUUGCGUGAGUUAGCAUGCCUACUGUACUCUCACUUUCAUCCGCCCAUGUUGCAGAUGAUAUUUACUCCACCUAUGCAAAUAUUGCAACGUGGACUAUAUGGGCGAGUUAAGGACUGGUUGUAAAAGUUAUUCAGGGGCAAAGUUCAGCCAUCCCGUUACUAUUUAACCAUUUGCAUCAAACAGACCCGGUAAUCAGAGAAACAAAUUCCUUUUCCUUCACCGGAACUUUCACCAGUGUCCAUUAGACCGGACUGACCCAAAUUGUUCGUUUCACAAGGGGUGCUUUUAAUUGUCGAUUUCCUCGUCAAACUUGUCGUAGUACAGAUUAUUUACCCUGGUUUUCGGCUUUACGUUCAUGAAUUUGUGAAAACAUAAAAGGCAGAUAUUUCGUCAAACUCCGCCUGUUUCAAAAAUGCACUUAAAGAACUUAUGUCAUAACUCAUGUCUUGGGAUGGGAAGUUUGAUGGUUAGUGUAGAAAGGCAAGACUGGUCUAUUGUUUACCUAUACCAAGUGCAUUGACAGCAUAACGGUCGGAAAAGUGUCGUUGGUGAGAGCAGUACCCUGGAAGCAACUGGCUUAUUUAUACCGCAGAGGUUCGCACUAGUAAAUCAUUUGCAGUGAAGUGAAGUGAGACCGCAAUACUACAAUUUUGUCGGCCUCAUAGUUGCCGGAUCUAUCGUGAGCCUAGUGUUUCCAAUAAACUGCAACUGGCAAUGCGAAAACAGUCCUGCGAGUUGAAAACAGGCGCAUUUCUGUAAGAUGCAUGCUCAACUCACUCUUUUAACUAUAGUGAACUGAGUAGCUCAUGAAGUAAUGACUGAAAUACGGCAUCAUUUAAUGGUAUGCCCCACGUCUCAAGAUUCUGGGUCUUUGAUGAUAAUUUCCUCAGUCACUUGAAAACCCACACAAACCAGAAAGCGCUGACUUGCACAGUUAACACUCUUCCCAUCGAUUUUUAACAUCGGUCUACAAGCUACCAUAUUUUGUUUUUGAAUGCAUGUAAGAUUCGUCUUUUGAUCCUCAUUUAAAAAACACUGUCAUGCUUUUAUUUUUACUUUAGGAGAUCAUUUCGUUUGUUUGUGGGUGAAGUGUUCCUACCGCAAAUUAUUUUAAAUCUAAAUUGUUAUCUAAUUUGCGCAAAGAACAUUCAAAUUACGUGGCAUAUAUUUAGGUUAAGCAAAAUCAGAUAUUGUUUAUGCUGCUAGGACGAGGCAACCCAGUGUCCCCAUUUUUGUUAGAUGUGAAUACCGAUAUGCGUUUGAAAGACAGCAUCAAUAAGCGCGCAGAUACUAUGCUUCUAGCUUGAUUAAUUAAGUGUCUGAGAGUUUCAUACAUCCAUACGCUUAAAAAGUGUUGUAUGCUAUUCCUUUAUAAAUGCAGAUUGGCCAUAAUAAACUUCCUUCAAAGGAAUAAAGAACAGGAAUUUUCGGUGCAUUCUUGGAAAAGCGAUUAUUAAGUUCAUGCGUGUAUCAAAAAUCAGUGAAAAACGCAAUACAGAAGUCACCAUUUUAUCGAAUGUGAUUUUUACAGAUGACGCAAAAGACGGCCACAGAAGCCAGCACCAUGUCGUGAACAAAGUAGCUUAGGCUCAUUUCGUACCUAGGCGGCGCUGCAGACAACUCAGCUAAUAUAUCUAAUCGGAACCAUAUUUUCGGCUCUACGUCAACAUCAAUUUAGUUUCUUCACUUAUCGUAUAUUAACUGUAAAGAAGUGAGAAUGAAUACAAAGAGAAGAGAUGGAAAACUUGUAAUUAGACGUUCUACAGGCAACAUUUGGGACAAGAUUUAUGCAAAAAAUAGUCGUGUCUUGCAGUCUGCAUCCUUAAAUAAAAGAACUACCGCAGUCUAGAGCCUGAAACCAUUAAUGGAUAUCCCAGCGAGUUUACAGAAAAUUUCGUAUAUGUCGUCUAAUAAUAAACAGUAUGCGAAUACUAUUGCGAUACUAACGGACACCCCUCAAAAUCUGGUUUAACCUGAUACAUUAACAUGCUGUUCAUUAACCGGAUGUUUUUCUCAAAUAAAAUUGUGUACUCCAGACAACUCAUUUACUUUAUCAGCGCUCUCGAUAUUUUGGUGGAAUGUUAACUCCAUUAGUGAUCGUACAUUGCAUUUGAGGAAGCAUUUGCCGUUAUAGGUCGACAGAAACUAAUUUUUUUCUUAAUCCAAACGUAUUGCAAAAUGUUAUUUUUUGCUUUUAAAGGACUACUUUCAUUGUACCAUAUUUAUAAGAUUUUCACAUAAACGAACCUACAUAUUCGCUGAAAAUGUCUCCUUCAUGGGAUAAACCUGUGACUCAGAAAAUUCUUAUUUAAAGGGAACACAUUAAGGUGUACUUAUUACAUAAAGAUUAUAUUACAGGCUCACCAGCAACCCAGCCACACUGGAGUAAUCCCGUUCUCUGAUAUUUAGAUUCAAAAUUUCAGUUAACUAUUUCUAUACUGCACACCCCAACGACUCUUAAUUCCAACCGACAAAGUCCUGUUGCAAGGACCAGAGUUACUCACCUGUUACUUCCCACACAUCCAUCCAUCUAUUUAAAUGGCCCAUUGAUAUUCCUUGUUGACGCGAUCAGGUUUCGACUAAUCCCCUAACUGUUCCUUCAAUUAAGAGUAGUGUCGAGGCUGGAUUAGACAAAUGGACCAUCAACUCCAAUCUAACCAUGUUUAAAGGAGUCUAGACUCGACUGUUACGUAAAUAGUUGUGAUGUUUUGAGCUUUCGCAGUCUGCGGAAUUGAGAACUUAUCAGAAAGGUUGGAGGGCAGACAAAGAUUCCAUAGCCAUCUCUUACAGUUUUCAAUCAUUCUGUUGUGGACAAUCAGUCUUUCUAUUAGAAUCAUAUUGAAAAUGCUCAUUCAAGCUAUAUGUAAAAAAAGCAAAUCUCGUAGGUGGGAAAUGUGGGAUACUGAACAGAAUCCAACGGUGACUUCUCUCAUUUACGCAGGUGGCCCUGUUUAGUAACUAUCUUGCCCACAACAGUGGACAGAUAAACCGAUGUUUUUUAUUAAAAUUCGUAUAGCGAGAAAGUGUUAUCAGAAUCUUAGAGGAGAAUCUAUAAAAUUGUAAAGUACUAGUUCUUUUCUCUGUUAUUACAAUCUGCAUGUCGAGAGUUUGCCUUUGCAUCCGUUAGAUAUCUUAGCUCUCCUUGGAACAAGGAUGAAACGUGUUUUAUUUAAAAGAUGCGAUCUUGGAACAAGAAGUUUAUUUAGCGUUCCGGAUCCCCACUCGAACCCAUCAUCAGGAACAACCAGAAAUAUGUUUCAUUACUUUUUAAGUUAGCUCGCCACCUUUAUAAGCCUGGAGUUUUCUUUUUUAUUUCCAGGUUAUAUCCCCAAUAGUGAAAUUAGAAAGUGGCUAGAUGUCUGCCUCAAACAAUAUGAAACGGUAAGUUAAAUUUCUUGCUUCAAUUACGUAGAUUGUGAAUUUUCCUUAACACGAGGCAUGAACUGGGGUUUAAACAUCAGACAAUCUUACUCGGCUGGAAAAAAUGCUAAAGUUCAGUAGAGUUGUUCGAUGUUCGUUGUCAUUAAGUGAUGGAUGUUUGAAUAGAUGUUUAGUGACAACAGUAAGUGACGGCCUUUAUUUCAGUUUUAUAAUCCACUGUAUUAAUAUAAGAUGCUGCCACGAUGUCGAUGGCGUUGAGUAAAAUGCAUGUUGCCUAGUUUUAAUCGGACACAAGCAUGGUCAUUGCAAAUACUUAUAUUCUGGUCUGUAUCAAGCUACCUCUUCCGAUCUUUUUAAUAGCUGCAGACAAGUAAACUUGUCUGGAGCAAGCGAAGGAAAACAUUCAGCUACGUUAUAGAAUUAUGGACGGUCUAUUUAAAAAACAAUCUAAAGCCUAUAAUUUCUGCGAAUUAUAUGCGCGAUUUGCUUUUGGAAGAAACUUGUCGGCUUAUAUGUAAUACUUGCUAAUUCCAGUCAUGGAGUAGUCGUUUUUAAUGCAGGCUGUGUUCCUAGCUACUCCCCCUAUUCUCUUGUCCGCAUUUUGAGAAGAAAUGCUGAUUGUCAAGAAGUAAUUUUCAUUUGGGUGCCAUGUUCUGAUUUUUGCUGGCAGGCAUUUGUACGGUCUUGAUUUACUGAAGUACAGAUAAUGCUGUUCUGAAUUAUUGGGUCAUUACCUAUUUCCAAGCUCGGAAAUGCCAGCAAUGCUAAGAAAAAUGAAGCUCCAGUUGUCCACUAUUAAAAAGUGACUUUAUAUUUUAAAUCUGCCUGCAUACCAUAGAAAAGCUGUGUGAAUGGAGAAAUCAUAAUAAUUAGUAUGGAGCUGUAUGGUAUUUCAUCUAAUAUUGGACGGCUACUUUAGCUCGGAUAUAUUUCCAGCUAUCUUGUAGAUUUCGUUCGAUAUGGAAAACAUUGACAAAAACGUGUAUUUAUUGAUUGAUUUUCGUCUUUGAAGGAAUGCUCACCUACGUAAGGCCUAUGUAGUAAAUUGCAUAUUUUGAGGUUCUGAAUUAGAUUUGUAAAACGGUUUAAAGAACGAAUUUUUUUGGCCCUUGCAGUACGGUGUUAGUCUAAUUACUACAGGUCUUAAGGGAUGGUGGUGGGACAUAUCAAGUGUUCCAGACAAUUUUCAAAAUGCUACAAUUUCUUCCGAAAGCGUACUUGUUAACAUGCCUCCUAAGCAUGUUGAAGAGCUGCGAAAUAGGCAGAACCAAGGUUCGUUUCUUGGGUUUAUACUACAAGUAGGCGAUAUAUAUUCUAGUGUUUAUUCCAUCAAAUUGCCUGCCUAUGUAUCAUGCGCCGCUGUGCGGCUGCUGGUUGGGCUCGAGAGAGAGCCGUUAAGGCACAACCGAGCGAGUGAGUUCCGUAUGAACGAUCGGUGAGCGCCCCCUACCAUUUUAUAUUCCCGAUCGAAAACCGACAGGGCAACGAGCUCGUGGCCCGGUGGAUAGAGGCGUGGACUUCUAAACCAACAGGUCGCGAGUUCGAGGCUCGGGUGUUCCACACUUCGGGCUUGGGUAUGGCCGGCUGACGACGGCUAAUAAGCCAGAAAUGGCCAUUCCAGUCUCCCUUGUCUUUGUCGGUAAUGAAAUUCUGCAUAAAGGGAACCUUUCACUUUGCUCUAGUAGGCAUAAGUGACGGGGUAAGGCUGUUAAACUAUUCGAAUGAUGUCUACCGUGUGCCCCGCAACAUUGUGGGCGGAGGAAGGAUGACCCGCGUGUGAGUUUGUCGAUAGCGAUAGCAGACUUGCGCUGCAUCUAUCGCCCACCACCUCCUCCCUCACCCUCCAGAGUCCACUCUCAAGACCGAAUCAAGAAGGCUGGAGGCAGGAUUGAGCACAGUGACUGACAAAGUUAAGCAGUCCCUCUGUGCAUGCCACACACGCCUGGUCAGCUCACAUUGGAUCAGGGUUUCAUUGAAACAAGAGAAGGACGGCCCCGAUCCCAAUAAGUUAUGAUAGCCGUAGACGCCAUGUUAAGAGGGAGCUAUUGUACCCUCACUCCGACCGAAGAGGACCGCGUUAUCCCAUCAGUUCUCAGCCUUCCAGGCCAGGGGAAUCACUUUUGAUGAUGAAAUUAGUACAAGCGCCUUGACGUUUUCCUCUUGGAAGGCGGUAUUCAAGAGUUGACAAAGCUAGUAUGUCGUAUUUCGCGUCUUUGCAACCUAGAAACUACGCUCAAGGGCUUUAUCUCUUCGAAAACGUAUUUAGAAAGUUUAUUUGGUGCGUCACUCUUUUCCUCUUUUACCCCAUGCCUUGACUUUCCAUGGGAGCUUUCAAAUGGGAGGUAGUAGAUUGUUUUGGGCAUUUAAAUAACCGUUACAUGUGGAUUAUUUUGCUUAAGAUAAAAGGUAACCAACUGCGGGGCUCACAAGCGCAAAACGGCACAGUUAGUGUUAGGACAAAUUAUAAGGUGCAUUCCGGUUUUAUUUAACAAAGGGCUAAUGAACAAAUACCAUUAUACUGAGCCAUUCCGACGUUCACAGUGCUGUGUGUUUUAAAUUUAAACUAAUCCUUAUAAAUAAGGUUUGUCAAAAAUGCGACCGUCCUCGCAUUGUACACCACAGAUUGCCCUUGGAAACUGGCGAUAUUUGAGCAUAUUUCUAGCAUCCCAACGUUUAGGUUUCGAUUACAAACAUUGUCCUUUUUCAGGACAUGCGAGGUAUGUUGUUUUCAGUUGUUUUAAGUUCCACACUCCCCCGAGGUUUGAAGAUUCUUAUAGAUGCUGCUUUCAGAGCCCAUUCAUUAAUAGUUUUUUCAGGAUCAGAUAAGUGUAACUUCUCUUUUUCGGCCCAUGACUCGCAGCUAGUAUUUUUUAUCUUCAAUAGCAUGUUAUGUUGAACAGCUUUCGGCCAAUUUCCAGUCUGACAUACGUUAACAUAUUUUAGAAUAUUAUGUCGGAACAGUUUUUACUUUCCAAAAUCGAAUUAAGGAAACCUCUGACAACAAAUAAUGAAUGACGCAGCACGUGUAACUAUAAAUGCAAGAACUGGGACGGCUUGAAUUUCCAAAGCAUGUUUCAUCGACAACUCUAUUUGAUCACACAGGCGCAUGAAGACGUCUCAGAUGAAACAGAAAUAUGACUGCAAACAUAACAAUAUUCUACGUGGAGUUGAAGACCACGAGCAAAAUUUUAGUGAUAGGAAAUAACUACAUGCGGGCCGGCCAUCCGUGUAAAAUUUUUCGUCCCCCGCCGAUGGGGUCUCGUAGCUCCGGUGGUUGGAGCGUUGGCUGAAUCAAAGCCUUCCCCUUGCUGUCGUGGAAUCGAAUCCCACCAAGACGCCGAGUUGUUCACAAUUGGGCUAAUCUGAGUUAUUCGAAAUCUGCCAAAACAUCUAUUUAUUUACGUGAGCCCAGUAGUCAUCUGGAAAUCCUGCUUGGGCAGUGACCUUAUUGUAUCAGAUUUGGUGGGUUCCAGACAUUGCAGCAGGUCAGGCGGGUGGCCUAACCCAAAUGUGACUAAACACAUGUCUCCCGGUGGGAUCUCAUAACUCCGAGAGUUAGAGUGUUGGCUGUACCAGAGCCUACCCUUCGCUGUCGUGGGUUCGAAUUGCACCGAGGCGCCGUUUUUUACAGUUGGGUCAAUAUGAGAUUCGAGUAAGUUUAUACGCAGGUAUUAAGUAAAAACAAUAAGUCUGGCGGUCCACUCAAACGUGAGAUGCUGGAAGAUGCAACCCAAGCGCCAAGAACUAGGCAUUUAGUUCCUUUGCAUCUUAUCGGAGGACAACGCUUAAGUAGCGAGAGGCGUGGGGGCAGCUGUUUAGCAGGAAUAGUGUUUGACCACUAGGCCAGAUCUAUUCUCCCCUCGACUCCCAUGUGCCUAAUUAUGGAAUUUUUAACACUUUAAUUCGCUCUCAUGAAUAGGGAGCGAAUAUUGAAUUUUCACGGAAAUACCGCCCAAAAAGAAGAAGGAAUAUCAAAAAAACCAGAUCCAGAAGUUUAUUCGCCCAGGCAUCCCAGCUUCCAGGGGAGUCGAAACCCCAGGUCAAACUGGGAUACAUUUUAGCAUACAUUUUCCCUUAAACUACAACAAGUCUGACGUCAGCAUUCGAUGACGGUUGCUCAUCGCCUCUAAACGGGUGAUUUUCUUACUUAGGUCAGCAUGUCUUCUUCACUCCGUUUUACUUCUUUUACAUCUCCUUUUAUCACCUGGUAUGUUUGAGCACAUUUUAAACCACUCUUCCUCGAAAAUUAGCGUUGAACUUCUUCCUACUCCUAGCUCUUGUCUGAGAGAACUGUCACACUUUCUCCUAACACGGCGGCUCUAGAACAACUGGCACGAAGAUACCACGUAAGUAACCAUGUUCAUAAUUACGCCUUUCUAUCCUUUUGCCUCUCUACUCUUUACUUAAGACAGAAAUAAUAGGUUGUCUUACUUCGCAUAUGUACAGUAGGUGGACUAACUUAUGAAAUGUCAACCGAAAUUCCGGAAUGCGUUUCCGUUUCGCAAGGAUUACUUAAUUAAGGUUGCAAAACAAACCAGCAUGCAGCAUAAUUCUGUAAAUAUUCAGUUACCUUACGAUGUCGCAAGCGAAUGAAUAUUUUUAUGCAUGCUUUCCAUGAAAUAUAAUUUACUAUUUAAGUGCAUCGAGAACCAAUGGGAAAAAUGAAUACUACGUAAGUAGUCAUUUUUUACAGAGUAUAGUUUUCGCAUGCAGCCGGAAAGAAGUUCGCUCGAAAGUCAACAUUCUGGGGUAAUUGGAAUAUUAUAAAACUAUGCUGCAUGAUGGUGAGUUGUCAACCCUACUUAAUUAAUAUUUUCGUGCCUCAAACGCAUUCCGGAAUUUGGGUUAAUAUUUCAUGAGUUAGCCCACAUACUGUAUGCAUCUGUAAAAGGCUGUUGGAUAACAAUUAUCCCAAACAAAUUUUUGAUUUCUCCAAAAAUCUGGCAGGCUAUUAUUGGAAAAUAUGAGGACGGAGACAGAAUGACAAUGGCAAACAUUGUCAGACUAAUUGUGCACUUAAAGUGUAGAGAGAUAAGCAGAUGAUACUGAUAGUAAUAUUGCUUGUAGUAGGCAUAACAAGGUCGGUUAUGCCGAUUUUGAUGAAAAAUUUAUUUCAACCUAUGCCGAAGGUCGGGUGUUGACUCCCAAGCAUUGAGACCCAGUAGGAUACAUGCUCGAACAGCAAGGAUUACCGCGCAUAUGGUAACGGUUUUAGUCCGCAUCUCACUGCGAUGAUAGUUAAUCCAAAAGAGGCUGGGACAGUUGGAUCCGAGCUAAAGCCAAAGUACCAAAGGAGGCACCCCUUCACAAGCUAUCGGGCACUAGAGACAAAACUAAACAACGACUUAACUUAGCGUUCACCACAGGCUCCAACCAACUGGUUUGCUAAAAAUAAUCGGAAAUGUCAAGGGUGAUAGUAUGGCCGUAGCCUGUCGAUGACAGAAGAUUUUUGGCAUCUUAUGUAUGGAUUCUGUUUUCUGCUAAAAUCCUGAAGAGUCUCUGUACUGCGUCUUCCCACUGCUAAUGCUGAAACAAAAGCGCAGUGCCAGAUAAAGCAAGAUUUUCAUUUUCUGAAAACUUCCGAAAAAAGUGUAGAUUAUGAUAACUUUCCGGGGAUACAAGUCCUAGAAGCGUACCACUGAAACUUUCGGGCAAAUAUUGUGCUUUGUGACGUUUUAGUGCACGCCUACUAGAAAGAUGGGAUGCUUGAGUGAAUGUCACAAAAUCAAAACCGUCUAUGGUCAGAUAUUCACAGCAAUCUUAAUGAACAGCAUACCUAUUUGGGUUGAACAUUAGGCGAUAAUGGCGUUGAAAAGCCGAUUUUUCGAAGUAGUACCGAACCUGAGACUUUUGAACCAUUUGCCAUCCUGAUUGUUCCUUGCGCGAACUAAUGUCUAAUCAUUACUUCAUGACUCUAAAAGAAGGCCUGCUGAAAUAACACUGCGAAUUUCAACAUCGUAGAAGUCGAACGGUUGUGUCCUCAAAUCUGAGCUACUUACUAUAUCCUGUACCUUGAUUUCUCGUUGGCCACCACAGUCAACUCACCAAAAAGAUGUCCAAAAACAUGACUAACCUAGAUAAUAAUUGUCAGGUAUUCUCAGCCCCCUUAAUAACAAUAACAAGAUCUUGGUUCCCUCCUAGAUCUUUAAGCAGCUUCUCUAACACAACAGUCGCCUAUCUCAAAGAUAGACAUGAGUUUAGAAGAGGAGGGAGAGGAAAGUCGGAUGGUCAAGAUGUCCUGUUUCAGGCGUAUGUUGGAGUCGAACAUUGGGAAGUGAAUAAGACACCCUGAUAACUGAUGAUAUAUACAAAAUCAGACGGAAAACUGCCAUGGUGGCAGGCAACCAUGUAGCACCUUAUAAGCAGACAGAUGGUCAACAUGACGAUUAGUUCGAUGAGAAUUUGGGUGUGCGGACCCGCCUGAAGAUCUCUGUAAAGGCAAUGCUAUAGUCAGUGUUAAGCAAGCAACAAGUAACUUUCGAUAACUAGUUCUGGCUUCACCUUACAACCUUGUGCUUACAUACUCGCGUUACCAAUUCACAGCCUGUUCGGUGCGCACAGUCGCAGGAGGCAAUAUCGCAUGCUACGCGUCAGAUGAAGACUCACUGUUCGCCGGUUUAAUAUAUUUUAAUCCCCAUAACGGUCUGCUGUUGUGGAAUUGUCGAGGUGUCUGCCAUAUUCGGCUUUUUCUAUAUUUAGAGUAAGACUUGUCAUGGCGGGGACGUAGGGCUCGUUGAUGUUGUUCCUAAGUUGGUCUGUAGGCCUUGGAUAACGUGAACUUCAAAGCUGUCGUCCCUGAUCAAAUUAAAAUUGUAAUGGAAUGUCCUGUUCAAACUCUACAAUUCGACUUUACACGGCUUCGAUUGUGAGUUAUAAUACUAAAGCAUUACCGUCGUAAUUCAGAUUCUAUGUCGUAUGUAGCUCUCUGGAACACUGUUGUUCGUAGAUUCCAUUACUCGACUAAUUUCCGCGUUGACUGUUCGUCUAGGUGCCGCGUAGCAGCCUGACAGAAAAGCUGACUGACCAUAAAGUAGACAAACUCUGCAGUUGUCAACAGUGAAUUUGGUGCAUCCUGAAGUUUCCGAUGCUGCAACCACGUAGAAGUUCAGAAAUUUCGACAAAUCCAUCUGCUGUCCCGGAAAUUAAACUGUAUUUUCUUUUCAUAAGUUCCCCACUGUGGUAUUCAGGGCAUCCGAUCGUUCGCUACCGGAUUCGGAGUAACUACAUUGACUUUAGGACAUAAAAUGAGAAGUCAGGAUAUCUCAUGGAUGUAAACAUUGGCGCAAGGGGUGCUAGAAAACUAGACUUACUGUGGGCAAUAUUCUAAAAGUUCCGUGGUCAAAAUUAGCAACUGUGCUACUUAACAGAUUCGUCAUAAUGACUGUUUCAGCUAUUAAAAUUGCAGGCCAAUAGCAGUUGUCGAGUCAUAGAAGGCCUACCCCAGUUUCAGUCAAGCAGUAGUUUGUCUGGCUGAUCUGAAAAGACUAAACUGCCUACAAUUCCGCAUUGUUGGCUUUAUCAGCCAAGACGUUCAGCAUGGCUAGUAGUGUCAGGCGAUCAGUGGUCCAAGAGCUCCUCGUAGCAAAGGUCUUCCGACUAGAGAUCCCUUCGUAUCCCGAAAUCUUCUAGAACAGGUGUGUAGACCGGCAAAAAUCUUAAUAUUACACAUCAGUUUAAGAACAGAACGACGGCAGAACGUAUACUGUGAACCCUCUGCUAUAAUGAGAGACAGUGACGGAAAUGUCGACUGCAUAAAAGUAGACCCGGUAAAUUCUAACGAAAUAUUGGUACCAAAAAGAUAAUAAGUUGUUAACAUGCGAAAAGCAAGUAUAAUCAUGAUGUUCGCCAAAAAGGAUAAAGCGAAGAUCUUUCACGCAAUUCAAAGCGGAUAUCACUAUAAUUCUGAAGGUUGGACAAAGCAGGCAACCGGCUGUUAAUGUUCAGAACAUCCUUGCGACGGCUGAGUCUUAGGUGCAUAUCAAACAGGAGGGAUUGGUAAAAAGGACAGUGAUACAAAUGGAAGGCUGCUUGAUCGAAAUGCCACAGGCAGUAGACUUGACCCCCUUGUCUUAGACGAAAAUACCAUUCUGCCUAUAUCAUGCGCCGCUGUGCGGCUGCUGGUCGAGCUCGAGAGAGAGCCCGUAGGGCACAAGGGGAGGAGUGAGUUCCAUAGAAAAGAUCGGUGAGCGUCCCUCUACCAUAGUAGACUAAUUGUCCCGUCCACUGGUGUAACCAUAGAAGAUCAGUUUCAGCAGUUAUCGUUCUUGUUAUUGUUGAAACGUACCCUCUCGCCGCCGCUGGCCUUAGGCAAAUCCGACCAGAGGGUUCUGACCUGCGUUUCUGGCUAUUCGGAAACCCAGUCGAACCAUGGCUCGCUGAAAGACAACUGAUUGGGUUUUGCCUAUCGGAGGGAUUAUUUCCUGUAGGUUCUGGAUGUCCCCAUCAAACUCACUGGUUCAAGAUCCCAGGCUCGUGCUGAGUGACGAACAGUACUCGUAGCUAUGGUUUGAGACUUUUACGGAAAGUCGAUCCGCCAGACUGAUAACCCGCCACGCUUAAGUAUUGGUGCUGCGUAGUCUACGGCUGACGGUUCUACGGUCCCGAGAUACCGCUUAGUUCGCGGCAAGCCUUCCCCGAGGACUGUUCUACUAACAGUUGCUCGUGGACGAGCAGUGUGGCCACGAUUAGCUGACAAGUGCACAAUGGCUUUCAGAGGCUGCUGCCAUUCCGCGAACAUUGUGGUCGAAAUGGAUAACUUGACAAUCCCUUUAUUUUUGGCAGAAUGAUAUUACCGACAAAGACAAGGGAGACUGGAAUGGCCAUUUCUGGCUUAUUAGCCGUCGUCAGCCAGCCAUACCCAAGCCCGAACUUUUGCCUUCAUUAAAGUCUGGCCAAAUUAGUCUUUCAGCAUAGGACUUCUUUCAGUUAAUUUGGCAGUUUUGAUGGACUUGCUGGGCUAGGUGCUGUGUUAUUAAGUAAAACGCAUAGCUGUUAACAAGAUUUUUAAAUCUUCUCGCAAAUUAGUUCAGUGGUCGGAGGUCUUACGACAGGUCUUUCUAAUUCACUUGCAUAGCCAGAAGAUGGUUCAGAAGAACCUUUCGAAAUCUCUGCAAAGUUGAGCAAAUACAUCAGCCAGCGCAAGAAGGGUUUUGCUCUACGUAAUGCAAAACAAGAUCUCAUGAAGGCCAUCAUCCCAACGACCACGGCCAAGAGUGAAGUCACGGACCUUGAUAAGGCCACCGCGGUAGAUGAGUGUGCUGAGGUGUUUGAGGACGAGGCUGACCGCGUUGUGAAGGACGAGGACGCGAUUCGGUUGAGAAAGUUUGCGCGAGAGGUCACCAAAAAGGCGGUCAUGGAAAAAAUGAAGGAGAAGGGUAAGUAUCUUGUUGAGCAGAUUAGAUCCCAUAAAGGGCAGCAAUCGGUAUGCCACAUAAGAGCGGCGAAACAUGUUAUUCAUUUUUAGAAGCGCUAGGAUGGGAUCAACUAUAUUUAAGGAAAAUAUUGCAUUAAUUAUGCGAACCAUGGUGGAUACUAUAAUGAAUGCAUGAUUACACAGUCUGACUGACCAAUUCAGUGAUCAAUUACAUGUUAUUUCAACAUAAAUAUAACCUAACCCAGAAAUCCGUUUUAGCUAUACGAAGAAAUGAACGAAGAAAUACCUAACCAUUCAUCACAGUAAACCUAUUCUUUAGUCUUCUUGACUUCGUUUAGAUACUAGGAAACAUCACGCACGGGCAGGACGUGUGCAACCGAUGUUACAUACGUCUCCUCUCUAAUAACUUGAUUCACAACUGUCGGUGAUUAUUCUCGCAGAAUGAACUUAUGAAUAGUCCUUGUUCCAGCUCUUAAUUGUUAGACAGUCGGUUAGAGAGCGAAGUCUCUCUACUCACUUUUGACAAGCGACAAGCAUAGGAGUAGUAUUCGAUUAGUGGUCAGUAACGCAGGGUGGAAGGUGGCUGCGCAGCGCUCUGUACACCGAAACCCGACCGGUACAUCGGUUGACUGGGUUCUCACUCGAAGUCCAGCCUCCAGUCAAUAUUUGCAGGAACUCCUUCCGGUGUGAAACAUUAUCUUGGCGGGUGGGACAUUGAACUCAUGGCCCGUUUCGAGGCCCGGUAUCACCGCGACCAAACUUAUGCGGAGUAGCCAACCGAAAACGUUUAUAGGCCUAUGCCUGCACGUUUGUACCCAGAGGAACGAAAAAGAAACACCACCAAGGAUAUGGUUUGCUCUAGCAUAUACUCAACAUAUUUCAGAAGCGACCAGGGGCGUUGCAGUGGGACGAGGGGCCGGAAUCUUCCACGGGCCAAAACCAGCAUAUUCAGCAGGGUCACGAAAAUCAGGGACCUAGUAAAUAACAAGGAACCCUCCGAAGUAAUGCUUUGCAUCCCGUGCCUAACCUUUUCUUGUUAUUACACAUAUUAGACUAAACGCACGCCCAGAACGCGCACGCAUGAACACAAGCCGACUGUACGAGGGGACGAAAAAUUGGCGCGAGUGUCUUCCAAGACCGUCGAAAUGGUUCACGAGUGAAAUUUCGCAGCCACCAAAUAAUCAUCAACAAGGAUAGUUCGACAGUCUUGAUUGACGAUGUCUACCGUAUGCUCCACAGCAGGAUGAGAGCAGGGGCGGUGACUUGCGCGUGAAUCAGCUUAUAGUGAUAAUAAACUUACGUUGCGUCUACCGCACUCUCUCCUCCCCACCUGGGCCUGGUUUCGCACGACGAAAACCCGCAUCUAUGCUCACCAUCACAUCCAUGAUUCACAGCGUGCACUGAUCAGGAUCUCACACAAAAGAGAUAGAAGGGUCGGCAAGGAUCCCAAUGGGCGCAGCGUGAGCCUGCACAUGGGCGUGCCGCCACUUCCGAACAAGGUUGGCGUUUGUUGUAGGUGCGCAGUCCUAAUAACGCUUACCGGGUGUCGAUCUAGCCCAGUGUUGGUUCGGCAUCUCUGCGCGUGGCCCAUUUCGGGACACACGACAGUUAGGCCGCCGUUGCCCACGAUGUCCACCGUUCACUUCAUAUCAAGGUGACAUCAAGGACAGUGAGUUGUACGUGAAUCAGUUUAUAGUUAUAGUAGACUUGCACAGCAUUUACCACACUCUUUCCUUCCGCACCUGGGCCCGAUGUCAAGACAGAGUCAAGAAGACCGGAGGGGGAGAGGACGCAGAUGGGUGGCACGGUCAAGCCCGCACCUUGGCGCUCCACCCCACACUCCCUAGUACACACAGCAAAUGACCAGUUUUUUGACCAGCAACAAUGGGGGAGGCGGUAGGAGUCCCAGUUUGAGCGCUUCUGCCGGCAACUGGGUUUACCAUCGCAUCCCAAAAUGUUGGCAUUUGUUAUGGUGCGCAAGGCCGAUAACGCCCGCCAGAUUCCGAAAUGGCUCCCGUGUUGGUUCAGCGCAUCUUCCACGUGGCCCGUUUUGGGGGCGCCACCCCGCACACACACACACGACAGUUCGACCGUUGAUUUCGACGAUGUCCACCGUGUGCUACAGAGCAAGAUGCCGCAGGCACGGUGACUUGCGCGUGAAUUGGUUUAGUGUAAUAGCAGGCUUGCGCAGCGUCUACCGCACUCCCUCCUCCCCACUCCCCACCUGGACCCGGUGUCAAGACACAGUCAAGAAGACCGGAGACCUGGGAGGGCGCAAGUGGCUGGCGUGGCUGCAUCCGCACCUAGGCGUGCCGCCACACUCUCUUGGGGGCACACACAGGACUCAAGACAAGCCGGAAACUGACUGAAGCCUAGGCCUCGGAUAGGACCGAAUUCAACCGAUGUGUCGAUCCGGCGUCAGCACACAGACUUCUACACAGUCACAUCAAAACCUGCGUCAAUGGCCGUUAAUUGGCUAAUACCCCCUAUAAAGGUUGCCUUUCUGCUGCCGCUGUAACCUUUGACGAUGGACAUCAACGCGAUGUUGAAAGCUAAUAAAAUUUUCUUGUGUUCGACCACCUUUUUCGUUACUCACACAUGUACCUGGAACCCGAACAUUCACCCAUUCAUGUAUAAUAAAACAGUUUAAAAAUGCCCGUUAUGCAGAUAUAACUUUUCGAAUAAACUAAUCAUAUCAUUUAGCAAGGCUUAAAUUUGAUCUUGGUGCAGACUUUGAAAUGUCGUCAGUACAACAGCCCCAUGCGUUCAAGAUUAACUUCUGGAAUUUCCGCGGUAAAUCUCAGAAACUGUUGUAUGCUUUACCGUGGGCUUUAGACAACAAACCGAACUAUAAAUAUAUUAUAUAUCCAGUGUUAACAACUUUCCCUAGUGCUGUUAAAGUCGGUUUUUGCAUAAAAAUAAUAACUUUCUUAGCGUACAGUCAGCGAUCGAUCUCACGAAAUGUUAACCAAAACUUUGAAAUGCGCUUUUGGUUAAAAAGAAUUGCUUGAGUGGGGCGGUUAUACUGAUUCCGUGAAGCAUAGUCCAAUGAUUUAUCAAACAUGCUAUGAUCCUGUGUUUGGAGUAAUCUUCAUUCUACUUACCUGCAAAAACCGCACCCGGCAAAGAAUUACUACUUACUUAGCACGCGGAUUUUUCUAUCUAUUUUCGAUUCAAGUUUACCUUGUAGAAAAUAUUGUUUUCUUUACUUCUUUGCUUGCAAAUCAAAUUCAAAUUUUAUGCAUAGUUGUGGGGGAUAUAUCCGACGCUAGUUGACUGGACGUUGCACGGUCUUAAAAAACCUCAUAGUUGGAAACCUUUUAAAACACAGUUAUACGCUUUCUUCAAGCUUAAAAUCUCAAUAAGUUCUGAGUUGCCAACAAAUGAGUGCAUGAAACGAUAUUUUUAAGCGCGUCUUCCAUAAAGUAUAUCUAGGUUUCUAGGAGCAUCGAAAAUCAAUAGAAAAGUACGCGCUAAUUAAGUAGUAUUUUUUACUGGGUGCGGUUUUUGCCGGCGACUGAAAUGAAGCUAAUUUGAAAUCCAAGAUCCUGGCAAGUCUGAUACAUCAGUGAAUUGCCGCAUGGUAAUCAGUAUUGCCAGCCCACUUCACCAAUCUUUCUAAUCGAAAACGCACUUAAGAAUUUCAGUUAAAUUUCCUUGAAAUCAGACACCUUUAUGGAGUUAGACUAGCACAUUAAUUACUUCACCUGAACUGAAUUGAUGAAAAGAAAAAUUUUCUCGUUCUAGUAGACAUCGGUCAUUUUUACUGAUAUUUUUAUUUAUCCUAAGGCUAUUUGUGCCUUCACGCCUUAUAGUAAGUCAGAACCAAGAACCUCUGGAAAGAAUCGGAUUCCGCUUAAGAACAGUAGCAGUCUAUCGUCCGAAUGACUGAAAUUAUCCGGGUGCGUGGGACCUUCCAAGCUUCCAUCUGCUGUGUCGCAUCUUUCAUAGAUCAAAAAGGUUUCCCUGAAGAAGGGAAAGGCUGUCGAGAAUCGGAACAUUCUGUUAAUUCAGCUUAACUGGUGCAGGAGUCCAUCGUCAGUGGUAGUAGAAAGAACAGAACAAGCAACAGAUAGUGGGCCUGCCAGCCAAUCAUCGAUCGAUGGCGGAAGACUGAAGGUGACUGCGCAAGGCUCUGUACGCCGUCACCAGGUCGAUAACUCGAUUUACUCAGUUCUCAUCCUAGGCUCAGGCUUCAAUCAAUUUUCGGCCUGUUUUGUUCCCGUCGUGGACGAUUAUUUUGGCGACUGCGAAGUCAGGCUCAUGACCCAUGUUGUAGGUGUUAGCAACCACUUGUGAUGAUGCGCCGCCUCGUCGUAUAGCCAGCUUAUAUUCGUGUAUGCGCGAUCCGAGCAUGCGUCCGGUCUGGCCUGUGUAGUUACAAGGACAGUUUUGGCACGGCAUGCGAUUGCUCCCCAGACUUUAACCGCUCUUUAAUUUUCCUGACCCUACUGCACAUGGCGCCUUUGAAUCGGUGUGCAACUGCAACACCUACCUCCGCAGCAGUGCGCUUGCUUGCUUCUGAAACGUCCUUAAUGUAUGGCAGAGAAUGUCAUAUCAUUGGUGGUGUUAAUGUUUGAGUCCUCUCGAGGGAGACCGUGUAAGCGGCGACUUAUGAAUGCCUUCGGAUAGCUGUUUUGUACAAACUGAUCGCAGAGAAAACGGGCCUCACUUGAUCUUUCUUCCGGAUAGCUGUAAUAAGUCUGGAUCCGUUUAAAGAGCGUCUUCACACAGCUUCGUCUGUGAGCCACCGCGUGGUUACUGUGAAAAGUGAGAAGCUGUGUGGUGUUCGUUGUCUUUUUAUAAACUGUCUUUCAAAGUUCACCGGUAAGGUUAUAUUAAGGAAGAGUGUGCUGGGCAGUUGAUGCGGGAAAGUUAUAUCAUGUCCUUUACGACAACAAACGUGUUGUCCGCGUAACGACGCCAAAAUAGCGGUUAUGUUGAAUGAAGGUAAUCUUUUCUAAUUCCCGUAGUUCCGGUUCUACCAUUAGAUCAGAGACCGGCUAGCCCACUGGAGUUUCCUUGAUUUGUUCAUAGGCCUCUCGCGCAAAAGUAAAGAAAGUUUGUUGGCAGAAUCCAAACAGCCCUAUGAGGUGUUCAGCUUCGAGUGCCCUCUGAGUCUCGUCGUACGACUCUUCAAGUCUCUUGCGCUAGACUUCGAGCAUCACGUUUGGUGGGAUGAGUUUGAAUAACGACGUUACAUCGAAGGAGAUCAUGAUUUCGUCCGAUUGAAUCCUCCGAACUUGGAGGUCUAUGAGGAAUUGAGAGGUCGAUCGAACUGAGGUAGUCGAAGUGCCUUGGAGGAACUUCAGUUUUGUUUGCAUCCAAUUUGCCACAUUAUAUGUGGGGCUGCCUUUUAGGGCAACGAUUGAUCGCAGUGGGACAUUUGCUUUAUAAAUUUUUGGCAAACCAUCUAAUCGAGCUAUAGUGGUGUCGAUUGCUUUCAUUUGGUACCAUUCGUUCUCUCUGUUCAGUCCUUUGUUUUUCUUUACUCGUUCUCAGUGGAAAUACAAAUGCCCCAUUUUCAGCAGUUUUCCUAUUUUUCCCUGAUAUUUCUACUCAGUACGCAAAAAAAUGUCAACUAUCAACCAAAUUCGCAGUGCGGUGAGGGAGAGUGGACCGUCGGCAAGUGAAGAUGAAGACGACCUGGACUCCGAUCUCCAAAUUCUCGAGCCCCCAACACUCCUCACCCGGGAGGAGAUGGAGGCUCUAUUACAGCCGAUGCGAAAGAAGUUGGGUGAUGAUCACGAAGCCGGUCUCCUCAUUACCAAUGCGCUGAAUCACGACGAGGAUAGUAUGCAGAAACUUUGUAAAUUUGUACCGGAUGGGCGCCUGAGAGAGAGCUUUCUGGCCACGAUCGUAUCAGUGGAGUGGGUGUUUUACUUCCUUGCUGCGGUCAACGGCUCUGCUCGAACCUUAAUGGGUCUUCUGGACACUCUAGCUGACAAGAGUGAAGGGAAUAGAACGAACGCCCAGGCAGUAGUCAAGCUGCUCACUGGGCAGCUGGGCGAAGGACCUUACCUGAAACCCUUUUACAACGCCUUCAUUCAAUGUAGAGCAGCUGUCAUGAACUUCUGUGUUAAGAGGGGAGCUAACCAGGCGGAGGCUGAGGCCGUCUUCAGAGAAUGUCUCUGUGAGAUGGAUGACGAAUACAAGAAUUUCGGUGACCUGGUUGGUCUUCGGAUCGAGGAGGUGCAGCAGUUGAUCCAACUGACAAAAAGUUGCCAGAUGGACGCCUUGACGCAAUAUCUCAGUUCGCUUCCGGGACGGGACAGAGGGGGAGAUAUGUCGGUAAGAUCUUUGAGUCCAUGAUGAUGAAUGUGUAAUUUCUGCUGACCGUCCUCCAUAGUUGGCCACUCAGGAUCUUCUGUUAUAUCAGUGAGGCAGAAUGCCUAUUUAGCCCGAUACUGAACUAUUAAUUUAGUGUAUAUUCUGUCCGCCCGCUCCAAGCCGGUACUGUUAUUGUCAUGAUCUCGUACAGUUUUCUGUCAGCUAAUGGAUGCUUCUGAGAUCCACGCCAAAUAAAUCGCUUUCUACCGUCAUAGUUCACGAAUUGUAUGCGUACGUUUUGGAGAAGGCAAUCGUGAGUAUUAUGCUUCUCGUAUGCCAAACGACUACUUGUCUAUUUCGCUUCCAGCAGUGAGUCAGAAUUAUUUAUACUGAUCGGAUAUAUUUCAUGAGAUUUCUUGGGAUUUUCGAAUACGGGCGGGUCCCCAACAGCCGCUCGGAUUGUUUGUUCGAGGUUGCCUCCUCUAACGCUUUGGCUUCAAAGCCUAAGCACAAGGCAGCGGUGGCAAGCAAACUUAUUUAAUGGCGGUUUACGGUCGCCAUGUCACGAUGCCAUCAUCGGGCAUUGCGGCUUUUUAUAAGGCUUUCAAUGUACCAGACCUCAGCCCACCGCACCCUGGUAGCAAUGUCGCUGCUGGUCCGCGACUGCUUAUUCGUCAGACCCAGGUCUGCUUAUUUCGCAGCUAAUCUUCACUGAAGGUCGUCCCACUAUCCCCCACCUGCGGACCCGCAGGGUAGCCAGCAGCUAGGCUAACGGGCAACCCGUCUUCCCGGGUCCGCAACAAUCUUUCCCAGCCGUUCGGUAUUUGGUCUGGCGUCCGACAGGGUUGUAUCCUGUCACCCAUACUGCUCAACUACGCUAUUGACUGGAUCCUCGGGAGGGCCCUACGCGAGUGACGGCGUUGAGUUUGCACCCGGACAUCGACCGACUGAUGUCGACUAUGCCGAUGAUAUCGCCUUACUUGCUUCAAGUGUUGGUGAUCUGCAGUCUAUGGUGUCACGGGUGAACGAACUCGCUAAAUCGGUCGGUUUAUCCAUAAACGCUGGGAAGACCAAAGCAUUUUCAAGCUGCAUCCCUGACCAGGAGAAGGCAGCUCUCGGGAUUGAUGGCUGUCAGUUUGAAGAAGUAGACAAUUUUAAAUACCUCGGGGCGAGGCUGCUGCCUAAUGGACAGAGUAAGAACGACAUUGUCUCCCAAAUUGAUGCCGCCCGCUGGGUAUUUUCAAGCCUUCGGAAAUGCCUGUGGAACCGACGUGACCUCUCCAUCGUCACUAAGAUUCGCGUGCACCGUGCAUCUGUCCGAUCUGUCCUUCUCCACAGUUGUGAAUGCUGGGCUUUGCGCGUGGAGGACGAGCGAAAACUGGAGGUAUUUGACCACCACUGCUUGAGGAUCAUCCUUCGAGUGAAGUUCACCGACUUCGUCUAAAAUGAGACAGUCCGCGCUCUCUGCGACAACAUCGCAAGGAUAACUCAGGCCAUCCAAGAAAGACGACUGAAGUGGUUCGGGCAUGUUCUUCGUCGUCCGCCUCAGGAGCUCAAUGUUGCUGUCCUCGAUCCGGCACCGUUGCCCCAUUGGAGGCGUCAAAGAGGGGGUCAGUUCAAAAUCUGGCUCGACACAGUUCGUCAAGGCAUGGAGGUGGUUCUUGGACCUUCGGUAUUCGGUUUCGUCGUUGGCGAAGGGAAUGGGUUGAGCUGUCCAAAUCUGUUGCCGCGGAUCGUCACGCGUGGGGAGAUACAGUUCGUGACAUCAUCGAGACCGGCUAGACCAGGCAUGAUCGCAGCCGUAUCAAAUAUAAAUACGGCAAGUUUUUGAAGUCUUGCCCUUUAGCAAGCUUAAUUCCACAAGACAGAAUGCACAGAAGAAGGAAUCACUGACUUAUCAAACAACUAUUUCAGUAAAAGCUCGGGAAAUUUUGACCCCUUUCUGUAAUCACGAGAAAAUUUGCCAUAGAGAACUCAGUUUCUAUAAGCCUACAGGUUUUUGAGUCUUAGGCAUACCGACAACACAUCGAUCCAGCAAUGUUCGUAAAAAGUUUUUACAGGACCUAUUGGGUGUUCACCAACUUUAGAAUACAGUUUGCUGUGAAAAUGCCUGUGAAUCUCCGUACUUAGUUACUCGCAAGUGAAGCUGACAAUAAUCAAUGAAAACGUCAGCAAUAAUUUCUGCCUAUGACAUCAGUCGAGUUAAAGGAUUUUUUUCGUAUUUAGAAUAACAUGCAGAUUUUUAGGUCCUACUGCAGUAAACUAUACGUCCCAAUUAGCUAAAAUUUAAAGUUAGAUGAUUAAGACAACUUCUGCAUAUAUAUAGUUGGUUUUCCAAGGAAUUUCUCCAUAAAUACAGCAGAAAAAACGGGACAUACACUUGUGUAAGUAAUAUUCAGAAACCACCUACACUUAAAGAUCACUGUGAGAUUCCACCACAGUCAACUGUGUGACCUACUCUUACAGUUUUAUUAGCCAAGUGAAGAGAGCUAUCUGGAUUUCUUCUUCAAUUUAGGCUCUUAUGGCCCAGGACAAAAGGAUUGCAAACAUGGACCCGGAUGCAGUAGGUUUUAGUGGCCCCGAGACCGCCAAUGAAGAUGAAAUACGUGUCUACAAGAAAUUAGAGUCAUCGAGUCCAGGCCAGUCUACAGUCUUCACCGACGGUGCGGGUCUGGAAUUACCCGACUUCAUUGAUGAACAGUCAGAGGAAGUGAGUUUAUAGACAGAUGAAUAGCCUUUACUUUUAACCAAAAACUUUAGAUGAACGCACUGCAGAAACUGACCCUUGUUGUAGAGAGGAAUGGCUUGGCAGGAAAAAUCCAAACUGCAACCGCUUCAAGCUCAUUCUUGCUCGCUUCAGCCAAUUAUAUCCCAGCCAACAGUUGUGGACGUGAUCCUUCACCUAUAUAUGUAGCGGAAAUUAUCCACAGAUAAGGUCUAUGGGAUGUGGCGCCUUCUAUACUGAGGCUGGUUCCUAUUUAUUCCACAACGCCAGUCAACCGUUGUCUGGAUCCCUGGUUAUUUAUUCAAAUGAAAAAGCGCAUGCCUUCAUUUGGCAACCCAAAGUUAAUUGGCUCCAAAUUUCCGCCGCUUAGAUCAAUAAACUAGUCUACCUAUACAGUCAAGUAAAUAGGUACACAAGUACUUCCUCAUGAAGAAAUUUCUAUCGACUCUGACUACACGCUGAUAUGAAGGCGCUGAUGGAGUGUCUGUGGUGUCUGGCUAAAAAACCUAAUCUACCGAGCCAGCUGCACCGUGCGUGCGCACGAUUAUGGUUACUUCCAACAGAACCCCUGAAUAAUAACUUAGGAGGCUGAAGUAGGCACGAAUAAAAUCGACAGAACUGUUGUUUGAAUCUACUCCGCCUGUUCUUUUGUCUGUUCCUCUUGUUACCUGGGGGCGGCUCCCACAAGCAGACGUUUGACUGGGUUUUUCCUGGAAAGUUAAAUAGAUCGGGCUCGCAUCUUUUCUUAACCGAUGACUUUUAUAGAUAUUUGGGGCGGAAUGCGAACAUGAAACAACUCUGCUGUGAAGGUGCUAAGGGCUCCGUUCGAAUACUUAUACGGGCCAAAUAUGCCUUGAGGAAUGAACUAUCAGUGAAGAACGCGUAUUAAAUUCGGUAAAUUAGCACUACUUUGUGAACGAUGAGAAUAUCUCACGCGGCCAACGUCUUUUUCGGGCAAGUACGUUGGCGAGACCUGAACACGACUUGCUAGAGAGUGGUAAUCAGGGUUUGGAUUUGCCUCAAAUUUCGCUAGUCGAAUUAGACCAUUCUAGCCCUCCCCGUUUAUUUUCCAACAAACCGUUGCAUCCAAAUAAGCGGAUGAACUUUACUUGCUGCCAGAUGGUUCACCGCGGCGUAAGCCACUUAAUGUAAUUAAACAUUCCCAAACCCAGCUGACUUUACGCCAACCGCUCGACCUAUCCCAAUGUGGUUGUUUUUGUUAUAAGGACUUAUCAAGAUGUCAGAUUUUAAUCGACAUUUAGAAGACAGUAGAGUUUUCAAGCAAACUUCAGUGGUGAAGUCAUCAGCCGGUACAUUUGGGGACUGAAUAUCUUGCAUGACAGUGGUUAACAAGAAACAUCUUUACUUGUACAUAUGAAUUCACUUUGGUCAAGACCACAAUAGGGCCUUUAAUGAGCUAUCAGGACUACGGCCAUUCUAGAACACAGCAAUACAACCGUUUUGUUUCUCUGUAGUACUUUGGCCUGUUGUCCCCACAUGACAUCCUAGAGGGAAAGCCUGCUUCGCUCUGGGUGUGGGCCCAACUCUUGCGUGUCCAGAUGGGAAGAAGGUCCUGUUUCUUCUUUGUACUCGAUGUCACCCUAAGUCAAUGGGGUGAGAAAGAUGAAAGAGCAUGAAGUUGCCACUACACAGCCUUCCUUCGAUAUAAGUCGACAGAUUUGCAAUUCAACUGCGACCUAGGAAGCAACUUGCCACUAAAACCGAAAACCAGAUUUUAAGUUAUUCUAGUGAAAUGUAAAAUCUUAUAAAUACGAGUAUUAGAUUAUGAUGUAGAAUAUGGUUGAAACGAGAAACCAGUCGAGAUUUUGAUAGCUGUAGGCCGAGGUGAACGUUGGAAAGCCUUACCAAGUUACAUCUGCAGGUGCUGUACUCAGCCUUUUCUUGAAAUGCGAUGAAAAUAGAGGGAAAAAGGGAGGCUGGUGAUACACAGGUCUUUUUUUUAUCAAUCUUCAAUCCACUUGCAAGACCUAUUCUUCAGGAAUUAUGGUCCCCCUGGGCGCAGUCGUUAAACUGAAGUUUGUCGAUAUUAAUGAUGCACUCAAUCUGAACAAAUUAAACCGAUUCGGUUACCAUGGGAUUGCUCUCUUCGUACUAACUUUCGUCCGUCCAUCCUGGGGAAGACACCGAAAUAAGUAUUUUGGGAUAACCCUAUCCUCAUUUUUCGGCAUAUUUUGUCGGACAAAGUGAUUCAGCGACAUAGAUUGACCAAACUGACCUGCAGUCCUCAGACAUUUCCUCCUAAAAGUCGAUUUUCAUGUGACCACAUCCGGAGACUUCACUACUCAUUGGAAUUACUAACUACACACUCCGAACAGAGAGUAAACAGUCCACGCAGGCAGUCGCAUGACAUCAGCAGUCAAAGACCGAGAAGGCAUGAGCGGUAAUACCUAGGAUGACAUCACACUUCUAACUCCACGACGAACUCAACCGUUGUCACCAGGCAGAACAAAGGCGGUCCGGGCAGGAUCUGUCUUAGCGCAGAGGGAUUUGAUCUCCGCAUCGUCUAUUGAAAAUAACAGGUGAUUCGAGCCCACUUUCCAAAUUCUUCUCACCAGCACGCACUUGUAUGCACAGCCUAUUUAUUUGGAAGUUAAGGCUCCGUUAUUCGGGCUAUGAACUCCUCAGUGAGAAUAACGUCACCCUGGAGGGCGUUUCUGGUAAGUAUAAGGGGCAUCAAAUCAAAAACUCUGUUCCUGCUUUUAUUCCCAAACCCUGUACAGAAGUGCGUACCCUCCCCCUGUUGAAGCUCGCUUAAUGCUCGAAAGACGUGUUUUGUCUCCUCCCCAGUACGGGUUGCCUGCACCAAGUGUGCUCCAAGUAAUUACUUGCAUUGCAUAAAGUUUUGUAACUUUUUUGCUGAAAGCGAAACCUUCAACCUAAUCUGUGAUACAAUCCGACCAUUUUAAGUCAGCGCUUUUGUGUGUUUCAGAAAUGACUGCCACAAUUUAUUAUACUAUCCGCUGCUAUAAGUAAAUAACCUCCCCUCCGACCCCGACAGUCUCUUAACCAGCAGGACACCAUCUCUGAAGCAAGGACUGACCAUUCGCCCUUGGCUGACAUUCAUAUGGAAGCACCACCCCUCAUGGUGGACGACGAACCCACGGACACAAGACCAAGAACGCCCAUCCUCAAGGGCAAGACACCAAUGCGCUUCCAAAAGGGUGCCAAAACUAAAAAACAGGGCGGCAGUCCGGCGGUUUUCCCUUCUAGUGAUUCUCAUACAGAGGUCGGCCGUGCCUCAGCCAUAAAUGACAUCAAGGUGGAGGAGGCAACUGAAUCAGAGCCGCAUGAGAUGUUUAAAUUGGAAGUCCAACCGGAGGUUACUGUUGACGAUUUGAUGGCCCCAGAGGAGGGAGAAAGAAUAGUCAGCGGUGCGUCUGGUCUCGACAAAACCGUAAAAACCGAUGCGUCAUGGCGAGGCCACGCGACUGCCGCCGAUUCAGGCAGGGAGCCUACCAAGCGUCACCGAAGGAAGGAAGAUGACAGAUCUGAGCAAGGCGCGGCCAAAGAAAGAGAUCUAGAAGGCUCAGGUUGGUGAUGAGAUUGAAAUCUAGCACUUUUCUCAAAGCCUUGUGUUUCGAGAGUAAAUAACGACGCUGUGGCUUAAGUCCGCUUUGUCUGGGCCAUCAUGGAGAGAAAAUACUCCGUAAUGAUUUCAAAAUACUUAUAUAAUGCUUGUUAUUUUGAAAAUGGUUAUCUGACAGUUGCGAUCGCUUUGAAAUGCUGAUCAAUCUGUUUUCAUCAACAAUUCCGCGUUGCGACCGCAGUGCUUUGCUGGGAGUUAAGCUUUGCAUCCCAGAAGCAUUUUCAGCUCACGAUAUGGCAGGUGACUUACCCAAGCAAAGAGCGCGUUUUGAAACCCACUAUCGAACAUUAAAAUAAUAAAACUAGCGAUAUAAAUGUGGUAAGUGACCAAUCAUGAAGCCAUGUGCUCCUUGUUAUUGUCUCCACUGAUUUUGAAGUUAGAAGCAUUUGGCCAGUCAGUCGUGUCCUCGCCUUCGGUAUCGUAGAGUUUUACUUGGCAUGAGAAAAUCUGUUCCCCCCCUAGAUUAAUCAGGGCUUUAAAUAGCUUUAACUGGGACCUCGGAGUAACAUUCGUUGCAUAAAGAUGGCACACGCACAUUCGGCAGUUAUAAAUGCAUUCCUUUACGGACCUCAUUGCCUUCCAAUUCAGAAGCAAAAAGUAAAGCAUAAUCCCCCAUGUAAAUUACUGUCCUUCAGUGAGACUCGAAAUAACACAUUUCUGAUGUUGAAAUAAAACAAGACGUUUAACCAACAGGUAAAUUAGAUUCAGAUAUAAUUAAAAUCACACUCGUUUUGAGUAUAUUUUCAAAAAAUGCAAGUUCAAGUGGUUGAGGCAAUGAAAAUAUAGCUGCGUUAAUCGAAUACAUCCGCAUUUUUGCAAUAAAGACCUAUAUUGACUAAUAAAAUACUUCGUAUGAGUUGCUAUGGAUCUCGUAUCGUCCCUAAGGCCGGUCUUGGAUGUGUCCUGACAAGAAAACCGCAAAGCACACCAAGUGGACAAGAUGCUGAAAAUACUGGAACCAGUUUUUGAUCAUUCAGUGUGAAAAACUCUGACAGCCAGUUGGCGCAACAAAAGUGAAGCCAAGACGAACGAUUUUGCGAAAUGCUUACUGGAGUGCAUGAUAAGACUUGAAAGUUGGACAGAAGAAUUUAGUUUUAAAAUACGCUGGCGGAAACUUGCCGACCAGAUACUCCGUGUUCCAGGUUGAGGGAGAUGGAGGCUCAAUUUCUGUAUGUUGAGCAAUGUAUACCAAAAGUAUGAGAGGAUCUACUAAUGAUUCUUUGGUCCAUUUACUCUAAAAUACGUACGUGGACACUAUAACAACGGGUCUUACCAAUAACCCGGCCCAUGUCUCAGCUCAUUCGCCAAGAUGAAAAUCCAGCUUCAUUGUCCACAUUACUCAGAUAUGGAAAACGCAGCUGCCGACGCACAUUUUCUUCCUUACCCCUUUUUGUCUUCAAAAUUUAACUUCAUUAAACACCUGCAGAAUUGCUAGAGGUAUCCAGUUCAAUUGGCCGAAACCGACGCAGAAUUAUACUGACAACGUCUUGAGAAUAUGAAGAACCUUAGUGGUAAUCCUCAUUUAUGCAACGCCAUCGACACAAUUACUUUCCAUCGUGCGAUAAAUUCUACAUGCUGAGCGAAACCCAUGUAUUUUCCGUUUUGCCGCUGGCUUCAUAUCUAAUGGACUUACUUUGGUAAAUUCGGAAGCAUGCCUCACUAAAAUUUUAAAAAAUAAGUAGGCCGUCUAGGGAUGGUCUGAAAUGUAUGAUAUUAAAGAAGUGAAUACGACGUUUUCCAGGGAAGCCUGUUCGGAUAAAAGCUGACAUUCUUUGCAAACGCUUUUCAGCAUGACUCAUAUGCAACAAUGUUUUACGUCUUUUUGAAUGAGACCAAAAGAAGAAUAAUAGACCUACUGCAGUAUCAGCAGAGGACACACGUUGGCUGCUUAAUCGUUCUCGCAUAGUUACACAAAAAGAAUGGGUUUUAGCUUUGUAGGACCUAGAAGAGGGUUUUGCUAUUUGCACUGAGGCACCAUUCUUUAAGGACGUCUUUUUGAACCCUACAUGGGUAAGUUUGAAUGUCAAAGGGUAUGCCGUUGUCAUGGGCAACACCCCUUAAACAGUAAAACAUCUUCAUCUGAUAUGUUUUUUGUCCAAUGAGUGCUUUGAGCGUUGUUUCUCCACUAAACGAAAAAAAAUCGAGUUUUGUUCAUUUGGAAGUCGAGGCAAGUCCGGUCGCCACCGAGAGAGCCUCUCGACAAAUAAGACCAUGUCAGGAUAACAUGUGUCAACAGGAAAAGGAAUUUUGCACCUGGACUCUCAUAUGACAGUUCGACCGUCGUUGCGGACUAUGUCCGUCAUGUGCUCCGCAGCUAGGUGAGGCAGGCACAGUGACUUGCGCGUAAGUUUGUUUAUAGACAGUAUAGAUUUGCGCGGCGUCUACCUCACUCGAUCCUACUACUCCGCCCGGGUCCGGUGUUAAGACAGUCAAAAAAGACCGGAAGUUGGGAUAGGAAGCAAGUGACUGCCGCGGCCGGAGCCGCUCCUAGGCGUGCCGUCGCAUCCGGUUCGGAUUCCACGCAGUGAGAUUGCCAUAAAGGCCGCAUUGAGAAGGAGCCAUUAAAACCUGAUUCUUAGACCACCAGUCGGCCGCUUCACACAAACACAUACUCGGCCCAUUGUGAGGUUCAAUUUAUCCCGUCGGAUGGCAACCGUCCAAGCCAUGGCUUUUGGCGCACCGUGAUAGCUUAAAGUGCGUCAGAUUGUUUAUAGUGAGGAAAAUGCGCUGAGUAGUCGGCCUUACUCACCCUUCCCAUUCCUAGCUCCCAGCCACUGUCCGAGCUGGUCAGAUAACCGGUGCGAGGAAUGGACGCUGUGGUUGACAUAUUUAAUGACCUUGUCUGGUCCCACCACCUACACGACUUGGCCUCCCAAACGCAAACAAUAGGAUUUCACACAAUGGGGGUUGAGCGGAAUGCAUCUCACAUACGUGAGAGUGUCAUAGGUCACGUCAAGAAGAAACCAUUUUAACCUGGCUCCCGGUCUACCAGUCUGCCACGCCAAACAGACACACACACACUCAACUGGAUGGACUGCGUGGACUGAGUUGGGGCGUCAGUCAGCGGCCUUCCAAGCCACGGCGCUUAACGCGCCGUGAUAGUCUCAGACUCGAGUCACACAUGCAGCACACUUCCCACUUGCGCAGGAGGUGGCAUUUGGGUGGGGUGAGUGAUGUUGAUGUGCGAUGGGGUGCUGGUGAAGGAGGUGGUGUGGCGCAGCCGGCGGUUGUCUACGGCAGGUCUUCGUGGACGCGCAUGCGGCGAGUGCAUGUGGGUGCUACAGGCACUGGCUCGCCAGUCUUUGUGCUGCGGAUUCGUAAGUGACCGACCAGGCCGAUGUGUGAGAUAAAGGUGAGAUCACAGUGAUGACAGGUGGAUCAAGUCUACAUUACUGGUGUUGGUUAUGAUUAGGUUGCUGUUUGUUAGUGUGUCAGGAUUAAGUGCAGUGGUGGGAAGGGGGCAGGAGUCGUCGUGGCGGAUGCUGUGGCGAUGGAAGAGGAUGGCAAUGGGGAUUCAGCAGUGCGGUUAGCGUUAGUUAUCGGCGUGGGGGCGAGGCGGGGGUGGAGGGGAAGAUACCAGAUAAUGUCUUCCGGAUGCUGCAGUUGGUCCGGAGGUGCCCAGUAAGGCUAGUAAGUGCCCGAAUCGUCCGCUGGAAUCGUGGGCAGGUUGGAAGCGGUUGAACGUUGUUGUUGAGAAGCUUGGGCAGUUGCGAUAUGGGAGCUUCGCAUUUAACUUUGGCGGCGGUCAUGCGGUUGGAUUCGUAAAUUGCUUUGAGGAUUUUAAGGUCGCAUGCCUUCAAUCGAAAUCCAUUCAUUAUCUAAAAACAAGCUUCAAGAAGUACUAAAACAUAAUGAAAGGACAGUUAUUGCUUGAAAACCUAUUCGAUAUCUGAAAAUACUGUGGGUAGAAAGACGGAACGUCACGGUUAAUGAAGUCAUUGAAGAUGCGCUCCAGAACAUUGGUUUUACCGCACCUAUCAGAUAUCGUUUCUAGCUAGGAGUUGAUUAACGCAGUAGGUUGGUGCCUCACAAAUUCCGGGCUAUGUUGUUGAGUGACUCUAGGGAUUGUGCAGCCGAGCCAAUCACUCUUGGAUGCCAAUGGGUGCUCAUAGGCGAGUAUGGCUUCCGUCACCCAGGCUUCAAACAUUGAAUAUUGCUACAGGUCCAGAGGACGUGAAGGACCCGCAUGGAUGUAACACGCACAGACAUAGGAUUCGCAAACUGGGGUCUCAGCGACCACGCCCAUCCCAUUUGUCUGAUCUUGAAUUGCCCCUAUAAUAAGACGAGCGUAGGAAGAGAUAACCGGAUAGAUGUUUUACCUACCUACCCGCACCAUAGACAAAGUGGCACAUUAGCUAUCACCGCGGCAUUGUGGUGUUUUUCAUCUAUAAUGAUAUGCGGACCGCCGGUAUCUGUAGCAGUAGUGGUGAUCGUGUUAUUUGACAUUUCUUCCUUUUAGAGCACACUGGGAGCAGAAAACACAAGCAUGUAAGUGUACAAUUUAGAGUGCAUACGUUAUUGCUGUACGUGCGACUGCAUAGUAAAUGUUUGUUUCUUUAGGAAUUUAUCUAGUUUCAAGUCGACUUUUGCCGAUUGUGUUUUCUAGAUGUCUGUCUUUCUGCGCAACUUUACAAUUCAAAAUUUUGUUCAUAACAGUGUAAAAAUGCAAUUCGAGUCACAAAUCACGUCUUCAUCCUAGUGACUUUAUUUCGCUGAUUAUUUGUUUAUGCAAAAGUAGAUUUAAGCGUGUUUCUGAAUUGUCGUUGCUUCGAAAUUGGUUUGCUGAACUUUACUGCUUGUCUGAAACUAGAAAAUGGCAAUGCGUUUUAACAUACUAUUUUGAGGUCAAACGGGUUAGUCCUCGCAAAAUCGGAGAGCAACAUCUCUGUCUGAAAAAGUAGGGCUGAUGUAGUUGAAUAUCAUUCAAUCGUCAGUUCCAUAAGAACAGAAUGACAAAGUUGAUGAGACAUAAUUCAAGAAAGGAUGGAUUAUGUAGGUCGGGUUCGGAGUUGGGUCUGUCAGUCGCGUGAAUAUGUACAAAUUUCGUAAAUGGCUACAGAAAUAGUAGGAAUCUGUGAUUUACUCAAUACAUGCUUAUUGAAGAAGACGCUAAUUGCCAAAUCCGCUUGAAUCUUUCCAUAAAGAUUUUUCGCCGAGUAAGGAAUAGGGAGACUGGUCGAGCACCGGUAUCAUUUGUCUAUUUUCUUGAGUUUCUAAACUCGUGCAGAAGUCCAUCGCCAGCGAUGACUACAGCUGCAGAACGCGCGACAGAGAACAACUUUACAGCAACCGUCACCUUAUGUAAAGCAGCCCAUGCUCCUAGUGUUCAUCAUGUAAUAUCUGGCCUCGAAGUGGGCUACGAGAUCACUGGCUCGCCUGCAUCUUCGUAGGAUGUCUGAGGUGUUAUAUCCUGGUCCUGCACGUCUUUCUCUUUUGGGCUAUCCUUCGUAUGGGAUUCAUCACAAACCGAAUAGUCCAGUCUCACGAUAAAGGAAGUGAUAGGGAGACAAUUGUUUAUUACGAGAACUAGAGUCAGUCUCACACACACAGGAGAAGGCGAAUCAGUUGGUUCAGAACAACAUUGUCCUCACGGUUGUCCAGAGCGUGUGGAGUUGGGGACAGUCACCGGGGAAGGGGGCUCAGCUUCUUCACACGCCCUGAAUGAAAAGAGUAAAGGAAACAGGCUCACUCAAAACUCCUACGACUCACUUCGACCGAUACCAAUUAUUAAAACAAAAGGGUCCCACUCUUUCAUAUCUGCCCGCCACAAUCACGUCGUAGCUAAGUGUUAUGUGACUCGCGUGUUCCCAUUGGUUGAGCUCCGGGUGUCCGCAUGGGUAGACUCCCGCGCGCUGUCGGCCCCUGAAGGUAGUGCAUAGCUCGGCGGUGCGAUAAUUUCUGACUCGCGCGCGGGCUUUGUACGCGAAACCGACCUGCAGGUUGGCGAAUGCCAAUCGGUCGUGGCAGGCGGACGACAAAAAUGAUGUCCUAACAAAUGAUGUGAACUCACUUCUAAUGUUUGUUACGAAAAAAAAUAAUCUGUACUAUCUAGCAGCUAUUUAGUUCCAAGUAAACUCCUGGCAAAUGGUUAUUUCCAAAAACACAGUCGUUGUCAUUGUUUUAUUUCUACAGGUGAGCCGUGAAGAAGCGGCGAAGCAGGACGAGGUCUCGUUAGAUGAACUGCUGAACAUUGCUGCAGGUGAAACUUCCCCUGAAAUCGUAUCAAAGGCCAUGGAAAAGCUGCUAAACAUUGUGGGGUAUCAUUAGUUUGACAUUAUCACCCUUAUAUUUUGUCCGAAGUUUUUGGUUUUUUAUCAGCUUAGAUUAUUUAUUGGUUUUUUUUUUAUCGAAGUUGCGUUUGGCAGGCCUUCUGGUGCGCAAAUAAACUCCUACGUUCUGCAUCGCACAGAGAGCUCUAUCCACUGGUUAAGCCCCCCAAUUUUCAAAUAGACCUGGUGGAGAACGGUUGCACUGCAGCAGUGACAGAGUAUUCCGAAGUUAGUGUAAUUAGAGACUAUCAAUUUUAACUUGUAGUAGUUUGGCAGUUAGAAACAAGUUAGAUAAGACACGGAAAUAAGAACCCCUAGUAGCACAGGUGGCCUUGCGCCAAAUUCCAUGGACGAUAUCUACUCUUGUUUCCUAACCAACUCUAACCCGUACUUUUAUCUCAAACUUAACCUUAACCCUAAGCUUAGCCCCAAUCCUUAUCUGUAUGGGCUUGGGGACAACGUAAAGUGUGGUUUAGGGGGAUUCCUACAACCGUUAUCUACCCCAGCUUUUAUGGGUGAAGAACGCUAAAGUUUUAUUUACAAUCUCUGAUAUCCGACACUUUCUAAUGCCUGCGCUGUCCAGGUGCACUGACACGUAUCAUUAAACAUGUCUUCUGAUGGAGUAGGACGUCGGUUAUUUAAAAUUCAAUAAAUGUGGAAUGCAGUUCAUGAUUAUGUAUGUUGGGAUACUCCCAAUGAUGUCUAUAUAGCACAGAGACUAUUUCGUUUGAAAGAAAAUACAUUCUGAAGCGAUAUUUUGUUAUUCGUCAUUUUUGCUUAGAUAAGUUUGCAUUGUUUGUCUACUAGCCUUCACCAUUAUGAUUUUGCAAAUCACGCUACGGCUUUAAAAAACUAAACCUUUGGACACGGAAUCUCUGCUUAAGACCGCUUCCUUUUUUAAUGGAUGGGCGUUUUCUCUGAAAGUUCAUGCCUCCUAUUAUAAACAGAGAGUCGAUGGCCCGUAACCUGCAAUACUAAAUCUAGACUAGGUGUUAAGAUUUCCAAAUCAAGUCGAAAACCUACGGAGCCCAAACUGCGCCGCAUUUCAUGAGUAGAUUUGUAACUUGUUCAUAAUCCUGAAUUUCGUUUAGCGUUCAGUAUGGACUAGAGCAGGCAAUCUGUCGUUUGAUUCCAAAUAAAUAAUCCCGUCUAUCUAAUACAUAAUUGCUUUUUGAAUAAUCAUAGGCAGCGACUAAAACAUCAACAGCCAUUGCCAAAAACUUUAACUUAUUUGAAUUUUAAGAACAACGUAGCUGGUUAAAGUUUUUGAAAUCUCCCCAUCACUGGGCCUAAUGAACCUAGGUUGAAACUGGAUUAACAGAGUCAGUAUCGAAAAGAUGCGACAUUCCUCUGGCAUUCCUUUCAACUUAGGAAAAUAGAGAUUUGCUGGGACAUAUAUAAUCCCUUCUUUGUUGUAACAUUCAUUUUCUUUUCGGAUCAUUAGAGUGCUAGUGCUUCGUUUUGAUUUUCCUACCCCCAUCCCGCUCAUACAUUCACUUUAACAACUGUGCGCUGAUGUUUCCUCACAAUCAUUCUAACUUAAGGCGAUUACUCAUUAACGAAAUUUCUUUACAACGACCUCCGACGUUUCAUUGGUAGUUGCACAGUGAAUCCAUAUAUUCUCAAGUCUUAAGCCAGAUGUAUGUGGUUAUUGAUACAUACAAACAGUAAUAAUUUCAGCAAACGUGAGUGUGCGUAAACUCUUCUGUUUAUAGAUGAUCCUCUUCUAAAAAAGUGAGUUUUUACACUUUAACAAUUUAUUCCUCAAAAAAACGAACUGUUGCGUAAGUCUCCCGAGAUAUACGUGGAUUAAAGCUUCAGACAUAUUAUUUAACUGUGUUCAUCGAUGUUAAAAUGGGAAAAUUCAAUUAAGAUAAUGCACACGAAAUCAAUAUUUAGUAAAAUGCGUAUAUGGGACUCACCGUUUAAGUAAGGAUAAGUGUUCAUAAGCAGAUCUCUUGGAAAGAGACGGGGCCCAUAUGUAGGUAUUAGGGUUGACAGAUGUUUUUAGAGUAUGCUGACAUUCUGGGAUUUUAAAUGACAAUACUCACCUUUUAUUUUCCAUGUUCAUGAGAACAUCUUUUUAGGGAUUGCGAAAGCUGUGAAAUUAUGGAUAAUGAUUUUCCCGAAGCGUAUAUAGGAGUGUGCACAAACACUGAGUAACGUCAACUAAUCAUCGAUUUGUUUGCACACUUAGCGUAGGAUGAUCACUUGUAGAUUUUCUCUAAAACCAUUGAAGAAAAAGUCACUUUUCUCCAUUAAAGGGCACGACUGUUUUUACUUAUUCUAUGAACCACGUACCUGCCAUCAAAAUGUCAACCCAGUUUGCCCUGAUUGGACGUUUUUUCCAAGUGAUUUUGAAUGGUGCCGAACGCAGUUCCCAGUGAAUAAAUCCGUGACUCAGGCGGCAAAGCAUUUGACAUACAUUUUCAGCCGUCAGAUGGAUCAGGGUUCUAAUUGCUGGUCGUUUCAACCUAGACACGAUGUAAGAUUGUUUGGUGACAGAAAAUGACCCAGAAGUAACCAUUUCAGUGUCGUUCGUCUUUGACAAAGUCCCUGGGAAUGAUGCUUCACUAGUCAUUUUUCUAAAGGAUGGUCUAUACCAGUCCCAUUUUGCAUUGCAAGUCCAAGCUGCGGCAAUCACUGGUGUCGUAACACGGCAUUCAAUUGCUGAUACAAGGGGAUUAAGGAGAAGGGAGGCUGGAAUCAUCUUUGGCUUAUUUUCCCUUAUCGGCCACAUCAAUCUCAACCUCAAGUAGUGAUUACCUGAGCCGACGCACACCAUGUCGAUUAACACCGCAACGAAAAUAUUCCCUGCUGCUGACUGAGGAAAUAGCAAACUGCAAUCAGCUGGUAAACUGAAAAGUUAUCAGCUGAGCAGGUGUCGGAUUUGGGACUGGCAAAGAUAGUGAGUACUUAGGCAAUAGGUUUUUAGACUUAUUAAUGUUUCCAUCAGUCGUAAUAUCUCAGACAAACAACGCUGAAUGUACAUUUAAGCACAUACGAUGUUCGUGGUUAACAGGAGUGUCCAGAUCUGGAAGGUGGCAGCACUGCAAAACAGGGGUUCCAACAGUACCUCUCUAUCAUUUACUCACCGUCAAGAAGGAAUCGGGUUUUAAUAGUACUGAAAUGCACGCAAGCCGAUCUGACUAGCGGUGUCGAGGAAAGUAGCUCCGUAUCUUUUUGCUAAGGGUUACUUGCUAGGGCUAAGUAUACUUUGCACAGAAUAAGCCUGUCAAGUCGCUUUGGAAAACGAAAGCAGGAACAGAGAGCGGAGUCCUUAUUAUUAACUAGAGGGUGCAGUCUUGGCCAACGACUACAGCUGCCAACGACACGGCGACUGAUAAUUUAUUUUUGCCGAAAAUCGGUCUAGUACUAUUGGUCUAUGAAUCUCCGGGAGGAAUCAGGGUAAGAUGUGGUUAUGUAGCCGCACCUGAAGGACACAUUACUGUUGACCUACUUAAUUAGUUUGAAUUUUUGUACUUACGUUGGCAUGAUGUUGUUGUGUGCUGCGGUGCGUAUCCCGUUUGCGGUCUUGUUUAUUUGUUGCAGUGUCUACCUUUUUUGGCUCAAUGCCGGUGGUCCUUCUUGACUUUCAGCUUGUCGUCUCCUUCUAACUUUCGCGUUGGAUGUCCCAGGGUUAGCGUUUACGGCUGCGGUUAAGACUUAGGUUUAGGGUUAGGUGGUUAGGAGUUAAGGUUAGGGGCUAAGGUUGGGGGUUUUGGUCAGGGGUUAUGGCUAGGGGUUAGAGUUAGCGGUAAGCGUUAGGGGAUAGGGCAACUAUUUUUCAACCCACUCAAAGUGCAACCUCGCAUUCCCAGUAGCUUUUCCUUUGGCAUAUAAUUUCUUGACAUCGUCGCCUUUGCAUUCCUCGGCCCCACCUGUAAAAACCGCUAUCACCACCGGUCCCGUAUUACAGGUGAGUGCGGUCUGUUUAUCUCAGGUGCGGCUAUAUAACCACAUCUGGCCAAAACUUGAUAUUUGAGAAAGCCUCAGCUAUAGGGGUAGCUUCCAAAUGAGCUUGACGGACUGAUAAUCAGAAAAGACUAGUUGAAAAACUGGCGAUUGCCAACAUUCUGACCCACUACUAGUCGUCAUAAACGAGUUAAGAAAUAAAAGUAAGUCGUUUCCAAUUGCAUAAUUGGAUUUCGUUUGUCUGGGUUUGACAGGCGUAGUCGUGGCAAUGACUGGUGAUAGUCGAGGCUAAUUGCAUAUCAGGACAGUUUGAUAGGUCAUCUGAUGAUCUCCAUUCCCGGGUCGUGAGAUUUAACCAAACAAUCCGGGGUCGCAUGAGGAAAUGACAACCGUGGCCUGCGGGAUCUACUACAGAGAUUGGUAUAUUGCCCAUAUUAUAUAAACCAAACGGAAACUGUGAACUCAAAUGAGUUAACACAGGCAAAGGUUAGACCUCAAUGCCAAACUUGCGCGCUGUGGCCGGACAUCCUGAGUGUUAAUUCUGGGGAGAACCAAUCGGCCCAUCAAAAGGCUGUCUAGGGCAGAUUUCCAGAAGGGAGUCAACAACUAAGUGCCUCUAUGCUCGAGUGGUUUAUAUUGGGCGCCGCAUCUUCAGCUCGACCAGAUGAGGACUUUGUAAGACACACUGAAAUUUGAAGAUGACUCCCAAUGCACCUUGUCUACGAGUCAGUUAAGGGUCAGAUGAUCGGCAAGACCAUUAAACGCGGAUUGACGCCAUCCUCACACCAACCAACUGACAUCCAUUUCAGUAGCUUAGGCUUCCAAAAUUUUACACAGACCCUAGACUUCACCGGAAAAUCCACCCACUUCGAUGUACUUUUCGUUUCUCUGUAAGAACCUAUAUGGUUAACGAACUUCGCUAAACAGUGUGGAGUUCAGUGGAAUGCUUGGCAAUAGUAAGGAGAUGGGGCAUGUAGCAGUUAAAACAACAGACUAUGAAGGAGAGAUUGUAGGAAAAGUAAAAUGGACAAAAACGGAGUAAUAAAACGUGGGUAUUCAAUAAAAUUGGCAUAUAAAACAGAUGGAAACCAAAAAGUAACGGUAAAACAGCAGCAAAAGGGACAACAGUAAAUGGUUAAUGUUGAAAACAGUCUAGUUUAGCAAAUCAGCUCGACAAAAUUUUGUCAAAGGUAUAGCGAAGGACCCCACCUGUCAGUGGACUGUGGAUCGGGUCAUAUGGGGUUUUGUCUUGGCGUGCAUUUGCAGGCUGUUGCGGAAAUUACACUGCCGACAAAGAUUACUUUCCGCGACCCCACACCUUAACUCAAAAUCCGUUAGUUUGUGAAAUUUGCUUUUGUUUAUUGUUUAAUUAGUAUUCUCAUUUCCGUUGUCGUACAAUAACGUAGGAUAAGACUUUCGGCAUAAAUUCAGGCAAUUUCCGUGUUUUCGUUCAUUUUGUCAGUUCGCUGUCUAGCGUGCUGCCCCACCCAUAAAACUCCCUUAAGCAUAAAUCACGUAUUUCCCGAUCCACAGUCUACUGACAGUUAAGUGGGGUCCUUCUCUAUACCGUUGCCAAAAUUUCUAACCUUAGCAUCAACUUUGAUUUUCAAAUAAUGUCAACAAGUCAUAAAUGCAGAGCGGGUGGAUCGUAUGUAGUACCUCAGUCUCACAUCCAUGGGCUAUAAAGUCAUCGUGCGGAUAGGUAUGCGCGCGUUAGCAGUAGUUUUCUAGAUGACUAUUUCCAACUACAUACAUUGCUUUCUGAAAAACUCGUCCGUUGGUUCUUGCACUCUCUUGUGGCUUAGGGAACUUUAAGAAGUGCUAUUAAAGAUAGCACGUAUAACAAAGUCUCUUAGCUGUUACUAUGUCCCGAUGGUGAUUGGUCAAUGUUCUCCGGUCAACAGCCAAUUCGGCUAGCGGUAUAAUUUCGCCACCCAUUGCUACGUGCAGAUACAUUUCUACGUUCAUAUAGAGAAACUGAGAUUUCUGAGCAUUCACUGCUAAAUCUCCUUAAUUAUUUCAUAUGAACACUUGAGCGAAAUCUUCUUGGAUAUCAAAAUGGUUCUGAUUUUUAUCAUUAUAUUUCAAUGCGUCUACAAAAGUCAGGCAUGGAAGAAAGACAGACGGCUCCUGUACCGACCCCUUAGGAGCAGCCUUGUUGCCAGAAUCUAGUGACUUGACAUCCAUAGUGCACAUGCAGAAGGUCUGUACGUUACUUUGCCUGGGGUGUGUCAUCGCCCUAGACGGAAAACGUCAAAUUACACAAAACAAGACAUAAUUAUGAUGCACGAUGAUGUGCAUGUUAACCCAAAGCGUCAGGAAUAUCAUAUUGUGUCACAAAAUCAUAUCGCCUUUUCAUCGUAUUUUAAUUUUCAGGAAAGGACGUGUGAGCACAGAUGUUGUUCUGCAGCUCCUCGAAAAGCUAAACAGCAUUUACAAAAAACGUACGUCUGACUUCCAAGCUAUGGAUCUCGAUCGCACAGACAGAGAACCGACCCAGAGAGUUUUGGAAAUAUUGAAAACGACACUGGAACAACUCGGGCUGCCUGCAGAGGACGAGGAGAUCCCCGAGGAUACUCUGGGCAAGGUGGGUUCUCCCUUCAGACUAUGCCGCCCGCUAUCAUAAAAGAGGCGGCAGAUCUGAGAGCCAAAUUUCGGCUUAUGAGUUUUUGUUAUUCAUCACGGUUUUACAGAGGUCAGGAUAAAGGUUUCAUUAAGUUAUAGCAUUUCUAAGGACGAUGGGGAGUGGAGAACCCGGACAGUCAGACAGAUUUCGCUGAGAGGAGACCGAUACGUUAUUCAUACUAGAAAUACACUCGCUAUUUAUGUCAAAAAGGAGGGAACAUUGAAUUCUUUUUAGAGCCAGCAUGUUUAAUUGAAGUAAACAUUCUACUGGACCAUGUAGUGCUAAACCUGGUGGUCGACAAACUGGUCUCAUCUCGAAGCGCAUAUUCUGACUGUGUGUGUGAAUUUUCUGCCGUAAAAUCACGCAUCAUACAAAGUGACUUUACGACUCCAUGGGAUCGAUGGUCUGUAAUUUCGGCUUAGUCGGGGGCACGGUUUUUUCUCAAAAUUAUGGAUAUUAUGAAGAUAUCAUGUGCACACGCAGUAAAUACCUUCGAUGUAUCCUACGAGUAUGUUGCUCUGAAGUCCUAAUUUGCUGUUAAAAACAAUUCUAUGGAUUUGGCAUAUUUGUAGGAGGAAUAAGAAUUUGAUCAUUAUACAAGCCAACUUUCAGUUGCGUACCUUGUUUAAAUAUUCUUAUCCACUCCAUGCGGUUCCGGUCUUCCAAGUUUUCAAGAUUCUCAAUUUCCCCCUCCGCAAUUUUUCAAUUUUAUGUGCACGUAUCCAUAUGUGCAAAACUUCAGUAAUGUCAAGAACAUGAACAGGAUUCUCUUUACUUCCUGCAGCACGCAUAGGAACUCAUCAAAUUCUGAUCGAAGUAUUUUAACACUUUGUAGCCGGGUUUUAUAACCGAAGGGUUGUGUUUCAUUUGAAAUUACUGUGGAAAAAUGAGGUAAAGUUCUCAUGACGGACCUCGUCACGUUCAAUCCCUUAAGCGGCAAAGUUCGUAUCUACAAGAACUACACUGUGCAAAAUGGAGAUGUUCCAAUGUAGAGGGAGUCCCCUGAAUCUUCUUCCUGAGCCUGUAUACAAACUGGGCUACUUGCCCAUAAUUACUCCAGCUGAUUUAUGAGUCUUCUAAUGCAUCUUCACGACACGAUGGAGGGUUUAUAGAACGGUUAAAUAUUAGCAAGCCCAUCUGGCAUUUUGAGACAAUGGAUGUCCUGUAAACUGGGAGGUCACGCUUUUGAAAGUGAGCACAACUUUCGAACAACAACAAUAAUUGUAUUGCUUUUAAACGAAAUAUCCAGAAAAACGUCACCUCCUACUAAGUGGCUGUAAGCGGCCAAUCCUUGUCGCUAUUUUCUCGUGUAAUCACCUGUCCGUACAAAUUCUGAAAACUUUCUGAGCCUGUAAUGUCUUCUCCAAUGAGCGGCCGACAAAUAGCUGAGAAACUUCUGAAAAAGAAAUUAUCAUUUCACUGUGCGCACGCUAACUAAAACACGUCUUUGUCUUAUACCCUUUACAGUUCGAGAUAUGUGAGCCUUGUAUGUUUGAUUGUAUAACUAAAGCCUUAUUUCAGCAUUUCUGAAGUUUCUGUGUUCUGUAGGUCAAAUGUCCUCUUGUGCUUUUUACCAUCCUUCAAGUAAUUAUAUUCUUUCAAAUUCCAUGUUUUCAGCAAAAUCUGAACUCUGGGCUCUUACUCAGGUGGCCGGGAAGUGGACCAGAAAGUUUUUAAGGCAGGUUUAGGUCAAGGUAAACAAAAAAUAGAAAUGAAGACAUCGAGAAAUAUCCCAAAAGAUUAGUUCCACGACUAUUUGCUAUAAAGGGAGGCCUCAGUAACGGAAAUUUUGCCGAAAUCUUUAAGAUUUCGGCAAAACAGAACAGGUAAUUCACAAAAGGGCACUCGCAACUUGAUGACACGCCGAGUAGUCCCCGGGUAAUACCUAGUGGCUGGCUAUUACAAUCAAUGCGAAAACAUAAGCAAACAUUUCACAUUUUUCGAACUCGCAUUUUGCUGAAAUUUAAGCACUUUCUCCAGUUUAAGCACUUCGUAUUUUAGGUAAGGCAUAGGAUUUGCAUCGAAACAUAAGCUCUGCUUAUCGGUCCUAUGCGCACAGAAGAACUUCAUAGAGGUCCCACAGUUGCCAUGUGUCAAAGCCACCAAGCCAGCCACCCGCAUGUAAUUACCUUCUCCGAGACCUGCCUUCUCCCUGGUGUAAUCUCUAUAAGAUAAGAAUGCAUUAAAUUCCAACUUCUUUGCGUAUCUCUGACAGUCGCACAUUUCUAAUUUUUUAGAACAGGAUGGACCCGUAAAACGUCAGUAAGAACGCUACUUGAUCAGUGGCAGUCGAACACCCUAAGUGUCCUCUACUUUGAUCCAUUUAUUCAAUGUACAGUAAUCCGAACCAUGCUCAAAUCGCUGUCUGAAAAUUCGUCCGUUCACAUAUGACCUUUUGCACGCACAGAGGAGUGAAUUUACUAGGUAUUUAAAGGCUGAAUCUCAAUGCCUACUAAUCUGGAUUCUAGUGACAGAUGUUCGUGCCUUAGGAUCUGCUCGGGACGGUGAAUCCGUAGUAUGGGAUUCGCCAAGUCUUCAUUUUAUUUAUUAUAGUAAAGACUUUUAUAUGCAUGAUAAACAGGUUAUACUCGGUAGAAAUUGUCAACUAUUUUGCCACUUAAAAUGCCCUUUGAUGGAAGACAACGCCAAACCAUCUAACAUCAGUUCGUACAAAACAAGUGCCGUGAACUUUAGUUUACAAUGGCCUCUUAUCGCACCCUGAUGUUCUUUAAUGUCUUGCCUUGUAAUGCAUCUAAGAGUGGUUUCCUUGGCCCCAUUAUUCCCCCAAAUCAAAAAUCCAAAACUAAAAAUUACUUUUUUAGUCUCCAAGGUGCUUUAAGUUACUGCGGGAAACUGAGUUAUUUCAAAACAUUUGCUUUCAUGUUACUAAAGAUAUCUUAGGAUGGGCGUUCACAUGUUUCAUAAAGUAUACGAUGCCCUUUUUGAAUGUUCUACUUUCAGUUCAAUUAAAGUGGAGUUUUCAACUAAAAUGGCUAGCAAAUUCGUAGACUUGCAUCUUUAACUACUCACGCAGAUGGUUCAGCAUGCUUGAUGCAAUUUUACCUAAAUUUCCAAAAUGUCGACUUGAACAAGUAAUUCAGGGUGUGUUAUUAAGAUCCAGAAUAUGUCCUCCGUUUUUCCAGUGAUACUUUAGACCAUAUUCUCGCGUUGGACCCGGCAAUGUUCUGAAGCUUUUCUGGUUACUCUGUUGGUUUAUCUUUGUUAAUUUCAGACACCCGAAGAGCUUGCUGAGAUGUCUCCCGAGGAAGUGGAAGAGCUCAAGAACAAGGUGAAAGCCGACCGUAUGCGGGCGAAGGUUGAGGAGGCCAUGGCAGCAAGGGCGAAGGCUGCGAUGGAACGACGACAGCGAGAGCGUGCAUCCUCCUCAUCCUCAGCUUCUUACUCAUCGACAGCAACUUCUCGGUCGGACGCCUCCAGCAAAGACAGAGACUCGGGCGCUGAAUUCAAGGUCAGGGAUGGGCGGCCACGCAGAAAGAGGCGCGGUCACGACUCUGAUACAUCUUCUUCCUCCGAUGAUGAUGCAUACCUCGACAAACUGAACGAGGGCUUGGCCGUCGAUGUACAUUCCAGGCGGCUGGCUCGUGAAGCAAGAGAAAGAGACAGAUCGGGACAGUAUUACGGAAGUGACGAGGACAGCUAUGACGACGAAUACAGUGAAGAUGACGAUGAUGUGAGCCAAGGUCGCAGCCGCCGACGACGCCAUCGACACGGAAGAAGGGAGGACGAGGACUACGAUGACGACGAGGAGGAUGAGGACCAAGGUCGUGGACGACACCGUCGACGCCACCGUCAUCGUCGAAGGCAAGAUGAUGAGGGGGGAGAAGAGGAGGAAGGGUAUGAUGAUCGCAGACGUCACCACCGCCGCGGUGGACGAAGGCGCUGGUCAGAUGAGGACGAAGAUGAUGAUCAUGAUGACCGAGAGGAAGAUGGUGGUCGUCAUCGAAGAGGCAGAAGAAGACGAGGGGGCAGGUCAGACGAUGAUGAUUCUAUGGAGGAGCGUGGUAGGGGAAGACGCAAACAGCGACCCGGGGAGGAUGAGGACGGCAGCUACUACUAUGACUUGGACGCCAGCGGCAAAAAAGGCAAAAGACGAAAACAGGAGGGCUUACAGUAUGAUCGAUACGAGCAUGCAGUUCAGGAGCGUCAAGUUGGCGUCCGACGUGGCCGUAGGAGCUCACAGUUUUUCCACGAUUACGAUGAUGAGGGUGGAGUCAUUGGUUACCGUCACGGACUGCAUCAUAGAACCCAGAGUGCAGGCGGUUACUACCCCAGCGGCUUCGGUCCGAGGGCAGCAGCUCCGCGCACCGUUACGAAUCAACCACAAGCUCUGCCAGCAGUGCAGGUUCGUCUCUGGCAGCCGCUGGUACGGACCGUGGGCAGAACUCCAAAAGUAGGAAAGGAUGUUGUGGAGAAAGUGGUAGUGAGUGCGGAAAGUGAAGAAGAACAGACUCCAGCAACCUCAGCCAAGAAUAGGGACGAUCGGGGGAAGAUUUUCCGAAGAGACAGCAGUGCCGAUGAAUCAAAGCAACUGACAAGUAUGGAACGAAAAGUUCUGACCGAAGAGAGUGCAGUGAAAUAUGAGCAGGUAGAUGACGGGGAAAUGGUAGAGAACGCAGAGACACGCACCCAUUCUGACGUACAGGAAGUUUCAAUAGGGAAGAUCGCUUUCUCAAAGUUCCGAGCGGAAAAGCUGAUACCCGCCAACAAACUUGUACAUGCCAUCAAGCGCAAGGCUAAAGAAGUAGCGUUCAUCUCGCCAGAGAUGCUAGAACGACGUCAGAAGACACGCAAGCUGCUUGAAAAGAUGCAGCAUCAACUUGGUAUGGCCAGUGGUGAGGAGGGCAGUGCCAUGCAUCCACUAACUAUCGAUCAAAUCAAGGAGGCUUUGCAAAAUCCCGAGUUCGCAGAGAUAGCGAAGGAAUUUCAGCAACUGCAGGGAACGUUAGUCUAG